UCUCCCUAUGCUCCAGUCAUGAGUUUCCAAGGCUAUGGAAGCCCUCUGAGUUCUCUGACUCUUAUCUUGUUUAGACAAGGUCAUAGUCAAAGUGGAGGUUCUCUCCUCCCUUCAGAGAAAGGUACCUCCUUCUUUGAAGACCUGUUCUUUCCACUGGGAUCUCACUCACAGAGAUCUUUUGCCAGAGUGUCUUGGCUUUCCAUGCCUGAAAUACUCUCAUGGGCUUUUCAGCCAGAUCCGAAUGCCUUUAGGGCUGAUUCUGAGGCCAGAGUGCUAUUUAGGACAUCUGCCAUUCUAUGAGUCUGCUGAGUAUCUCACUUCCCAUGUUGGAUCACUCUCCCCUUUAUUUAUUCUAUCAGUUAGUGUUAGCAGGUACUAGACUUGUUUAUGUGCUCCCUUUGACUCUUAGUCCUUUCAUUAUGAUCAAUUGUGAACUGAAAUUGAUCACUUGGAAUAGUGAGAUGGCAUUGGUACAUGCCACCUUGAUGGGAUUGAAUUGGAAUUUGAUUUUUUUAUAUGGUGAGUGGCAGGACUCUAAUUUCAUUGUUCUACAUAUAUAUGUCCAGUUUUGCCAACACCAUUUAUUGAAAAUACCAUCCCUUCUCCUAUGUGUUUUCCUGACAUCUUCUGAAAACCUAGCUCCCUGCAUAUAGAUGGAUUAAAUUGGGGCUCUGUAUUUUGUUCUGUUGAUCUAUGUGCUGGCUUUUAUGUUCAUUCUACACUGUUUUAAAUCCUAUAGCUUUUUAGUAGGCUUUGAAAUUCAGUAUUGCUGGUGGUGCCUCCAGCUUGGUAUUUUUUCUCAGGAAUACCUUGGCUGUUCUGGGUCUUUUGUGGUGGCUCAAAGAAAAAGGAUUGGGGAUCACAACUCAGGUUUUCUUGGGUAGGAUAAUCAUCCUUCCUGGGUUGACUAAGGGAAAUAGCUAAAUUUUUGUGAACCUGUAGUCUCUUAACAUAACCAAAAUUUUGCAGCAUGGCCUGGACUGAGAAUCUCCCAUGUAAGUCUCCAUUUAGAGAGUUUGCCUGUUAAAUUGGAUUUUUGGUGAUGGGAGUAGGUGCUACCUAAUUUGUACCCUGUUCCCUGUCAUUGUCAAAGGUGAGGAUCUAGCUGCCAGGAAAGGUGAACUGUGUCUCUGUCACCAUCUGUCUCUGUCUGUCUGUCUCUCCUGUUUUCACCUGCCCAGGGGUGUGUCCUGUAUUAACAUAUGGGGAAUUAUAAUAACAUAUUUAAUAAUGCGAGUGGAGUUAAAGAAGUCAGGCAUGAAUAACUUGUUUACAAACACAGACAUUUACAAAGAAGUCAGGCAAGAAUUGCAAUGCAGACAUAGGCAUUUGGGUGUGUUGUGUGAAGUACGGAUUUGGAAUUUGGUUUGUCAUGACUCAUUUGUGGGGAGCAACUGGGAGCAACUCGGACUAGACUAAGUUACUGGAAUUAAGACUUAUUCUAUGCAUCUGCUCUCCCACAAUAUGGCGCUGGGAGAGAAGAAAACAGCUUCUACACAGCUGCCUCCAGUUCAGCCAAUAAACUGUAGGACUUGCUCCUGAUUGGAGGAGAGCAGCGUACUCGGCGUGUGGGCAGCCGAGUUGGGAUUGGCAGAGGAGGACUAUAAAGGAGGAGAGAGACGGCAUGCACCAGGAACAUCUAAGAGGAACAUCUGAAGGAACACCUGUGCAGCCCCCGAGAGAGCCGGCCGGCGGUGUGCCGCUCCCCUGCGGAAGUGGGGAAAGUGGCCAGGGGGAACCGCCCUUCCACGGAGGUGGAAGGGACAGUAGCCAACCCGGGAAGAACCAGCAGCAAACCCGGGGAGGGCCGAGCAGACGAAAGAACAGCACAGGGGCCUGUGUCGUUCCUCCACGAAGAGGGGGAGCGACACUCAUUGAAGACAGGUAGAAAAAUAUUUAUAACACACAUGCAAAGAAUGGUGAUUUUACAGUUUAAGUGAUGAUAUAUGAUUUUGGGAACAUUUAUCAAUUUGUUCCACUCCAGGCUUUUGAUUGUUUAAGAGGUCAUCUGCUAUUAUUCAAUGGUGGCAAAGAUUCUAAGACUUAAAUUUUGUUAUAUCCAUCACAUCAAUCAGGCGUUUUUUAUUCUUAGGGGAUCUACUCAGGAUGACCCCAGAAGGGGACGUUGAAAGUUUUCUUAGCAUUCCUUGAAGUGAGUUGUGCUUAGAAAAAUAAAUACCUCUUUUCUUACUCCUCAGCUAACAAAAUCCUUCAGUCUUAAAGAGGCACCUUAGUGCUCUUAUAAUAGGAGAGGGAUGAUUUGUGAACCCAAGAAACAAUUCAAAUCUAUCAUUUAAAAUAUAUCUAUGUUAAAGGCACAUAUAUGAUUAUUUAUUUUAAAAACAAUUUUGGGAGACAGAAGGAAAGAGACAGAUAGAGCUUUCAUCCUCUGGUUCACUUCCCAGAUCCCCCCAACAGCCAUGGCUGGACCAGGCUGAAGCCAGCCAACUGCAUCUGGGUCUCCCAGUUGGGUGACAGGGACCCAGAUGCUUGAACCAUCCUCUGUUGUCUCCCAGUGUGUACACUCUCAGGAAGCUGGAUCAAAAGCAGAGGUAGGACUCGGACCCUGGCUGUCCAAUGUGGGAUGCAGGAGUCCCAAGCAGUGGAAUUAACUGCUGCAUCACAGUGCCCACUCCCAUAUAUGCUUUCAAUUCAGUAUUCUGAAAGGAAAAUCUAUAUUAUUUGAUAUUCUUGGUUAUAUGGUAUUUUACCAUUAAGCCUAAAUUGAACUUAGCUUCAUUCGGCUUGAUUACACUUUGAAUUAUUUUUGGAAUUUACAAACUCAUAUAUCCAUUACUUUAUUUCUCUACUUGACAGAAAUGUAAAGACCUUCUUUUCCACUAACUUCCUUUACGUUUUUAAAUUUACUGUUAAUUGACAUAUAAUUUGUAUACACAUUUACAGGGAAUAGAGUGAUAAUUCAAUAUGUGUAUAUAGUGUAUAAUUAUCCAAUUGGGAUAAUUAGCCUUUCUGUGUUUUUUUAAACCCAGUGUUUCUUUGUGUUUGGAGCCCUCGAGCUCUUCUCUUCUAGUAGGUAACAGAGUUGAUUAUAUGCUGUUGCAAUCGACCUCCUGUGAUUGGUUCCUGCUCCUUGGCUGUUCUGGUAGCUGCCACCCAACCCUCCUUGAUCCAUCCUGCCUAUUCCUGCUGAUCACUAUUCUACCCUCUUCCGUGGUAUCAACCCUGCUUGAGCCAUCCUGCCUAUUCCUGCUGAUCACUAUUCUACCCUCUUCCGUGGUAUCAACCCUGCUUGAGCCAUCCUGCCUAUUCCUGCUGAUCACUAUUCUACCCUCUUCCGUGGCAUCAACCCUGCUUGAGCCAUCCUGCCUAUUCCUGCUGAUCACUAUUCUACCCUCUUCCGUGGUAUCUCUUGUUUCAGCUUCCACGUGUGAGUGAGAACACACAGCCUUCAGAGCAUCUCCUCAUGACUGCUUCUGCCUGCUAGAAUCCCAGUUCCUGGGUGGUUUUGUCCUAUACCAUUCCCCAGGGCACCAGGCAGCCAUCCCUCUGCACCUUCACCUGAACUUCCUGGCUUCUUGUAAAUGUGCAGUCACUUGAUCUCUCUAGGCUGAGUGUGAGUGAUUCAGUCAGAGACGUGUAGAUCUGCACAGCCACAUGGCACCCAGAAGACGGGCAGCCUGCACCAGGCAACCUGAACUUGAAUGUACAUGCACAUCACACGGGAUCUGGUUGAAGGGCAAGUCGAUGCCAGGCUGGGCAUUACAGUUUCUAAGGAGACCCUCACAGCAGCUGAUAGCACUACUUACAGGAAAUCACUCUGGGCGCAACCCUCCACCAAGGUUAUGUGUUUAUGGGAGAAAGCAACACACACAGUACAAAACAGUAACAUGAUUCCCACUCAAUUUUCUUAUCCCUCUUUACUUGGUCUGUUUUUACGUCUUCCCUCCCUGGAUAAAUAGUGAAUAAUGACAUGACAGGACAGGGGUUUCUGGUUAUGAGCUCAAUCUAUCAACAUCCCAUAGCCCCAGUUGAGAAUCCACACAAAAGUUGAUCUGGUUGCAACAUAGCACAUGCAUGUGUUUUAAGGACAUAUGAUUUUUGAUGGCUAAGACAGAAUCACAUAACAGCAUCUCCAUGGAUAAUUUAUUUGCUCAUGUACCCAUGUCUGGCUUCUUUCCCUCUCUAUCUUCCCUGGCUGUAAGCAUAAUAAAUGCUCACUGUUCAAGUCUGGCAAUCACUGUCCUGAGUAGGCUCUAUUGCUUAGGAGCCAAGUCCAAGGAGGGCAAGGAACAGAGUGGGCGAGUGGAAGAACAAUGACUUCCGCUGGGCUUCUGGAACCUCUGCAAAGCAAGCUCAGAGGCUCACAUUUGUAGGAUGCAACGUGAGUCUCCUCCCUGUAGAAUUCCAGCCUAGGUUAGGGCAGCUUUUGCAGCAACUCCCCUGGGACUUCCGAGUGAUGUCCCAUUUCCAGUGCAGUAUCAGUCAACAACAUUGCCAUUCCUCCAGCCACAAGCAAGAUAUUCAUGCAGACCCGCUUCCUCCUGUCCCUCCCAAACUGCUCAGGCUCUCUGAAUCUACACAAAGAGUGGAUUCCAGAUUCCAGCCUCAGUCUUAACUCCAAGAGAGACAGAACAGUCCCGACUCCCCAGGCAGAGAAGACCUCUACUAGCCUGGUCUCCCAGGCUUUCUAUUUUCACACAUUAAUCACUGUAUUACGCAUCAAAAUUUUACAUUCUGACUCUUCAUGCAAGGUUAGAUAUGGACCACUUUUUCUAUAUUAAAACCCUUUUAAUACAUCAAUUUAAAUGGCUGUAGUAUUUCAUCAUAAUGCCUUACUAUAAAUUCUCCAAUAGCUUCAAAUGUAGAUUAUAACUGAAGCCCACUGCCCACAAGCCCCGUAAGUGACUGGACUGGUGUCCUGCUCAGGGCUGUUCAGAGAGGCUGCAUUAGUGCAGGUUCCCAAGCAGGAAGCGUGGACUCCAUUCAGCAAUGGUGGAGGCGGAUGCUGGUCUGUCCCCCUGGAGAGGGUUGCCCAUUCCCAGUCAUUCAUGGAACCGUGGACUAGCAGCAGUCUGGCUCUUGCAUCCCUUUGCACACAUUUCUGAAUCUUCAUCGUAUUUUGGAUGUAGUUGAUCCCCUAUAGGUUUCUGAACAAAAAAAACUUGGUCCCUAGGGUGCUGAAGAAUUGGGGCCUUUAAGAGGUGGGAUCUGAACCCCAUGUCCAUUGGAGCUCAAUUCACAAUAGCUAAGAUAUGGAAUCAACCCAGAUGUCCAUCAACUGAAGACUGGAUAAAGACAAAAAUUGUGGUGUAUAUAUAUACUACAGUGUACUACUUAGCUGUAUACAAAAUGUUAAAAAAAAUGAAAUCCUGUCUUUUGCAACAAAAUGGAUGUAACUGGAAACCAUUGUUCUUGGUGAAAGAAGCCAGCCCCAAAAGACAGAUACUACAUGUUUUCCCUGAUCCAGAGUAACUAAUAGAGUAUCUAAAAUAUAGUGUAUAGGAGAGAAAUGGAUGUUUUGAGAUCCAAUGAUUGUUUAUAGCCCUUAUGUCUACUGUUGAGGAACAGUGUUUUUUUCUUCCUAGUAUUUCUGAACUCUACUUUGUGUAGGAUUAACCUUAUGAGUAUAACGUAAACUGAAAAUAGACCUUUGUAAAAAUUAAGAAUGGGAAUAGGAGAGAGAGGAGCAAGAAGUGUGAGUGGGAGGGAGAGUAGGGUAGGAAAGAUCACUAUGUUCCUCAAUCUGUAUACAUGAAAUGUAUGAAAUCUGUAUAACUUCAAUAAAAUAAAAAGAGGUGGGGCUGGGUGAGGUGAUGGAGGAACUGGGGACUGCCCUCAGAGUAAACUCACUCUCCCUCCAGGGACCCUGUUAGUUGACCCAAGAGUGACUCAUUACAGAAGAGCAACUCUAGCCCCUGAACCUGAGGCUUCUGUCUCACUGUGGGGUCUCCUCUGCACACAGCUGACUCCUGUCUACUGAUCCCAAUGGUGGCCCUCACCAGGACAUAGUACAGGGGGUCUGGACCUUUAGCCACCAGGAUCAUGAGCCACAUGACCCACUUUGCAGGGUAGUCAGCAUCAUGUGUUUUAUUACAGUCAUGCAGAAUGGACUGACACAGUCUUUAAAAAAAUAGUUACUAGGAAGGAAGACAGUACUAUUAAAAUAUUUUAAGGUGCUUAAUAAGAAAUUAGAAAAUUAUUCUCUGGAAAUAUGUACUGAUUUAUGCUCACUACAAUUGUCCUAUUAUAGCUUGAAGUAUUAGGAUAGACAUAAUUCUUUGCUCAUUUGCUAGGGAAAAUGCUUUUAAACUUGUUUAAUUUACAGCUCUUUGAUUGCUAGUGGGGCUGCACACUUUCGUGUUUACUAAUCAUUUCUAAUUAUGCUAUUAUGAAUUUUUUAUUCUUCCCUUUACCUAGAGCAUUCAAAUGUCACAGUGUUCAGAAAGACUGGUGAUUUUCUUCUUUAAUUUUCACGCAAAAUCACAGUUCUUUCACUUCAAGGUUUUUAAAGUUUAUUUUGAAAAGACUAUCAGCUGUGAUUGACUUAUGCUAAUAAAGUCCUAUGUAGUUCUCACAGCAUCCUGAGAACUCACACUGGUGCAGACAUUCUGCCUGCUUCUGAAAGUUAAUGUACCCUUUCUCAUUUCACAUACAUGGAAGGUAUAAAUUCAAGGGACUUAGAGUACAUUGGUGUCUGAGUCCCUUUGACCUCUUUUUUCAUAAAUUUUUUAAAAGAUGUAUUUAUUUAUUUGAAAGUCAGAGUUACACAGAGAGAGGAGAGGCAGAGAGGCAUAGAGAGGUCUUCUAUCUGAUGAUUCACUCCCCAGAUGGCCACGAUGGCUGGGGCUGUGCCGAUCCAAAGCCAGGAGUCAAACCCAGGAGCUUCUUCUGGGGCUCCUACAUGGGUGCAGAGGCCCAAGAUCUUGGGCCAUCUUCUUACUGCUUUCCCAGGCCAUAGUGGAGAGCUGGAUGGGAAGAGGAGCAGCUGGGACUAGAACCAGUGCCCAUAUGGGAUCAGGCCAGGGCGUUAACCCUCUGCACCUCAACACCAGCCCCUUUCAUAAAAUUUUUUUAAAGAUGUGUUUAUUGAUUUGAAAGGCAGAAAUACAGAGAGAUGGAGAAAGAGAGAGACAGAAUCUUCCAUCCUCUGAUUCACUCCCCAAAUGACCACAAUGGGCUAGGACUAGGUGAGGCUGAAGCCAGGAGCUAGAAGCUUCUUCUGGGUCCCCACAUGGGUGCAGGGGCCCAAGGACCUGGGCCAAACUCUGCUGCCUUCCCACUCACAUAAGCAGUGAGCUAGAUGGGAAGUGGAGCAGUCACGACUGGAACUAGCACCCCUAUGGGACGCCAGGGCUGCAGGCAGAGGGUUAGCCUUCUAUGCCACAGCGCCAGCCCUGCUUUUGACCCCUUAUAUUGUUUGUAGUGCGUGAAAUGGUGGUGUAAGAGAUUCAUGCUGGAAGGCGUUGUUCUCCACCCUUUUCUGUUUCCAACUUAAAAAUCACUCUGUGCCCCAUUUUUCAUCUGCAGUGGAAUUAGCGCAUUGAUAUUUCUCCUCUCCAUAACUGCCCUCCAGGCUUGUGUUGCAGAAAUUUGUUUAGGGCCGGCUCUGUGCACCCAUUGGGCUCAGCAGAAGCAUGGGUAAGGGACCUGGGGACCUGCCCUCCUGAGAACAGACGAUCAUAGUAGAUCGUGACCCACACAGAGGUCCUGGCAGACGGAGAGCCUGAGUGUGAAGUGCCUUGAGGAAGCAUAACAAGCAGAGCCAAUUAAUGGAGAACGGAAGGGAGAGUUUCCCUGAGAACCGGGUCUUCAAAGGUGAGAACGGAGGACACAAUAACGUGGGCACGCAUGUGACAGGAGCAAGUUCCAGGCGGUGACAAAGCUGAUGGGAGCACACUGAGAUAAGACUAUUUUGGGCCCUGUAGUCUAUUAUAAGGGUGAUGUGCUUUGUUCUGAGUACAGUAGGAAGACAAGGAUGGUCCUGAAAUAGGGAGUCCACAAUCAAGGCUUUAUUGAAGAGGACAGGCUGCAGUGUGCAGAGAAUUCUAUGGUGAUUAGGAGACCAGGUAAGGACAGAGUGGUCGGCCAGGUGAGUCUUCGCUCAGAUGUGGCUGGCGAGAACUGGACAGAUCUAAGUUUUAUUUGGAAGGUGUCAUUGUCAGAAAUUGGUGAUAAAAGUGAUUUUAGAUUAUCAUUAUCAUUAUGCAUGAAGAUAUCCCUCAGUACUCAUAUAUUUUUAUUUAUUUGCUUAUCUUUCAAUAGAUACAGUUCUAAGAAUAUAAUUAUAUUCCCUCCUUCCCUUCUCCUUUUCCCUCCUUCCUUCCUUCCCUCCUGCAUCAGUUUUUGAGAUAACAUAGUUUAAACUUAAAUUAUUGUCAAAUGCUUAGUGUUCCCCUAAAUAUCCAACAAGUAAAAAGUAGAGACCCUAGUUCAGCAUGAGUAUAGGCAAUUGCUAUAAACAAUAAUUAAAUAAGAAAUUGCAAUAACCUCACAUGGUAUAUUUGAUAGACAAAAAAAAGAUUUAUUUAUUUAUUUGAAAGGUAGAGUUAUAUAGAGUGAAGAAGAGACAGAGACCGAGAGAGAGAGAGAGAGAGAGAGACCUUUCAUCCACUGGCUCCCUCCCCAAAUGUCUACAAUGGCCAGGGCUGUGCCAGGCUGAUGCCAGCAGACUCCUCCAGGUCUCCCACAUGGGUGCAGAAGCCCAGGGACUUGGGCCAUUUUUGGCUGCCUUCACAGGUGCAUUGGCAAGAGGUGAGAUUGGAAGUGGAGCAGCCAUGACUUGAACCAGCACCCAUAGGAGAUGCCAGCACUGCAGUGCCACAGCACCAAUGCCACUUUUUGGUUGUCACUUUAAUUAUAAGAAAAAAUAUACAAAGCACAAAUAAAAAGGGAGAAUGAGUUUUAAAUUUAUUUCACUGGGGAAAAAAAAAAAAACACCUUGGCAAACUGGGGCCAAGUCAAGAGAUUAGGUCAGAAGUGUGUCAGAGCAGUACCUGUGGAGAGGGCCUGAGAACGGGAUGCAGGAGCCAUCCUCUGUGUGGAGGCGCCUUCCUGUUUGAAUGCAGAGGGAAAAUAGCAGGAGCCAGAGCCCUUGAGUAGACCCUCGAGUCAAGUCCAUUUCCAGACGCGUGCGCAGGGCCCUCUGUCAUUUCAUCUCAUUUCGGAGUUGUCCGAGACGUGGAGGUGAGCUGACAAGUGAGACUUUGUGUCUGAAGGGAAGUGAGGAAGCGAGGCUGCUAAAUCCCAAUGCCUAUUUGGUGGAGAGUGGUCAGAUUGUAGCUUUCUUUUUACUAAAAAGGCAGUGACACCAAAGACUUAAAUAGUCCAUGUUUCUAAGGACCAAAGUGAUGUGAGGCUGCCAAGAGAGAAAGCUGCCAGCCCAGCGUGGAGCAGGUGUGCACAGGCUGCACGCUGAGCCAGUGGUCAAAAUACGCACUUUAAAGUGAAUUAUUGACCCUGAGCAAUUGCAACCAACAGUAAGACUAAGUUAAAAAAAAGAAAUGAUAAGUUAUCUGAACCUAAGUGACAUUCUUAUCUCAGAAAUCUUGACACCAAUAAUAUUUCUCUUAAAUUUAUGAAUAAAAUGCAGGUGCCCAUACAAUGAUUGUGUGUUUUAAUAUUUCAGCAGAAUACUGUAUUUAAAUCUUCAUUGAUAAUAAAAUGCAUGAUUUUAUUGUAAAGACAUAUCUGGAAUUGUCUGAGAACAAAUGGGCACUCAGUAUUUCUUAUUGAGAAACCACAGGGUUCCUGGAUUUGCAGAUGUAUAUUUUCUGGUUCUUUAUGCCAAACAGUAGUGCUGUUCUGUCUCUUUAUCCCAGAGGAAGUGCAGACAGGUUCAGGGAGCAACAUCAGAACUCACCAGUAAGAGAGGCUCCUGCCCCGUGUGGCUCUGCUCCCCACAAAGCAUCCCCCAGCUUUCAGAAGUGAUGCCACCCAAGCAGGCAGCAUGUGUGUCCCUCCUGGACACUCAUCGUCAGGUGUGCAGCAGCACGUGGCGUGGACUGGAAGGAACCAGGCUGCUCAGAGGGCACAGGGACAUCAAGAGGUCCUAGCCCAACAUAGACUGAGGACACGGCUGAGCUGAGAGAUCCCAAGCACUUCUCACCCCGAGGUUUUGAAAUCCAGCAUCCGAGGGUCAGGGUUGGAGCCCACCCCUGAGCCUCAGCGUAAAUCCACCAAGGCUGCAGGGAGGCAGAGCCGUGGGGGCUGAUCACAAGGAGAGGGGUGUGGGUGCUGCGUGGAUCACCAGACCCCACCGGAGCCUCCGUAAUGAGCUCCUUGGCUCAGCAGCGCCUGCUUUCUGGACUCCAUUCUGUUUCUCCUGAGAGAGAAUGGCCCCUAAGUGCCUCGCUCAAUUUAGUGAGUUUAAUUGGGAAGCAAUUUGUUUUCAUCCACAUAAUCUGCAUAAGGAAACACAAAGCAGAAGUUUAAAUACCAUGUGUAAGACUUAGGUAUAAUACUAGGUAUAAGUUUAAACUUUUAACUCUUUAGUAUUAUCUUUAGGGGCGUUUGAUACUUAGGUUGAGCCAGGUUUUAGAGAACUGAUAGGGAAAUAGCAUCAAAACAUCGUGGUAGGAGGCAGGGAGUGUCUGUCUUUUUCUUACAAUUGAUUUUAUUUAUUUGAAAGGUAUAGUUACAGAGGGAGAGAGAGGACAGACACGUAACACACACAAAAGGGGGGUCAGAGGAGAGAGAGAGAGAGAGAGAGAGAGAGAGAAUGGCUAUCUCAUUUGCUUGUUCACCUCCCAAGUGCCCACCACAGCCAGUACUGAGCCAGACCAAAGCCGGGAGUUGGAAACUCCAUCUGGACCUCUCACCUGGGUGGCACCGGCACAAUCCCUUUGUCAGUCACCUGUCUCCUCUCGUGGUGCUCAUAACUGUUUUGCCAAGCAAGUGUCCUGGGCAUGAGUUUCUUAAAUUCUCUUUCUGUGCUGGUCUGGGUGGGUGCUACCUUUGGGUUGUGUCCUACAUUUAACCUAGGAGCUCUGAGAUGCACUUGGCUGCUGUUGAUUUUUAUGGACCAAAACAUGUACAUAAAUCGUUGCCUGUUUUUACCAAACUGGAAAGUCAAUGGAAGUGAAAAGUUUCAUGGAGGACAGAAGGAGGCUACCUCAUUGUCCCAGACAGUGCCUGCUCACUGGGCCCUGACCCUGUGCCUGGCUCGUUAGCCCUUGUGACCUAUGCAUGGUCUCCUUUGUUCUAUUCUGUUAAUAUCCUUGGAUAGGAAAUGAAUGUGUGUCAAGGCCUCAGCAGGCAGGCAGCAGGAUUCCCGCCUUGAAUGUCCUUCUGACGUGGGUCACUCCCCAAAGCCACCGCACCCUCCUCUGCCCGCAUGGAUCUCACAGUGUCAUCAGUAUCUCAUGGUGGGAGGCAGGACAUGCCUUGGGCUGGUCAAGCCUCCCUGGAAUUCUGUGGGUCCAAGGACCACCCCCCAGCACACAUUCGCCACGCUGGGGACACCGACGUCACAGGCGCGUGCUGGGGAGGCUGUGACCUGGUCAGCAGGAGCCCCUUCCCUUCCUGCCUGCAGGCACACCGAGGCCAGCAUGCAGCCUGCAACAGAGAACACUCAGCCUGUUUCCAGAGACUGAGCAGAUCGGGGUCUGCCUUCCGGGCGUCCGGAGAUGUCCUUCAGCAGAAAGAAUCGGAUUUACCUAUUUAGACCGGGCCCAAUCACAACCGGAAAACUUUGUCUCAGUCUUUACCAUCUCUCUGCAAUCUCCUGAAGCCUAUUGGAAGGGCAGACCAGGGCAGGGCACUGGGAGGAGCUGUGGGCAGUGCCACUUGUCCAGGCCUGUGUAUAUCCUCACCACGGGGCCAGCCUAGGGGACAAGCUCAGAGACACUUGCUUCUCUGUACCUCAGGUGUGAAGGACCCAGCCACUGACAUAGCACUCCAGGAGUUGACAAAACAGCUCAAAUUAUUCAGAAAAGCAUCCCUUACUAAGUGUCCGAAGCCUGCCUUUUCUCCGGGUUGUAGCGUGCAGAGCAGCACAGGGUGUUGGGUGCAAGCUAGCUAGGGAGUCCCGCUGCCUGGGUUGCUUCUCCUCCGCAUGGACUGCUGUGAUGGCCUGGGACAUGUCACUUAACUCCAUCACUCUAACUUCCUUUGUUAAAGCAGGUACGUUGGUAGCCUUUUCCCACUGGCUACGUGGAGGAGGAAAUGGGCUUACCAGUACCUAGCUUCUGGUAAGCUCUCCGUCAGAUGUAUUAUGGUUAGGGUUUCCAGCAUUGUGCUAGAAGACAAUAUUAAGUCAGUGUUCCUGGCUUGCAGGGAACACUGUUUAGGAGUGUGCGUCUAUCCAGUCUUCCCACGGCACAUCCUGAGCAUGCUUCCUUCUGCCGUGGCCUCAUUCUAUGGUGAGGGCAAACUUCACCUCACAUGUGACAUUUUCAGGUAAAAGAUUCGAUUAUAUUGGCUUAAGGACUUUGCUUUCCAUGCCAAUAUUUCCUUCGUCAUAAAAUCACCCCCAGUCCAAAUCUUCUCGGGACCAAAUGAGCACAUUGUCCACUUUGAAAUUUAUCAUUGAGUGAUUUGCUUGCCCUGUGAACAUCACAGAAUGACACACACACUGAUUAUCAUUGGGUGAUUUGCUUGCCCUGUGAACAUCACAGAAUGACACACACACUCAUCAAGAUUAUAUAUCGUGAGUGAUAUGUGGUGGGACCACUGACCUGUACGUUGUCCAUUUGUGGCCCAGAUGUCAGUAUGAGGGGCAGGAUGCUAACUAGGCAAUUGGCUGGCAACGGUGCUGAGCAGCAGCCCUUAGCAGCAACUGGCACAGAAUUUCUAAUUUUGAUUCGUGAGACCCAACAGAACCUAACGUAGGAUAAAGGAGGGAAAGGAUUAGUAUGGGUCUCCUCCAUGGCCAGGUAGACUGGCAGCUGUCAGAGUGUGCCGUGUGAAUGUGGAACCGGACUGUCAAACAAAUUCCCGUGGGGUUCUGGGCACAGUUACUGCUUGGUGAUGGGGAAUCGUGGGAAACAGAAGAAGUGGCCCCUGAUUUAAGUAGGUUGUAAACUCUCCAGGGCAGCAGACAUAGCCGAGAAACAACAGGAGAGCGAUUUAAGACAGUGCGUGCUCAAGAAAGUAAUUGGACUGCAGUGUAACUGCUUCACAAGGGAAGAGAGAUUGAACUUGCGUCUGAAUAAAAGUUUAGCCAAGAUGCCUGGCACUUUCAUUGGCAUCAUCGCCUGCUUCAAGUUAAUAAUGUUUCUGUUUCUUUGUACUCAGUGACUAUAUAUGCAUUUGGAAAGUAAUAUAGACAAAUAAUUCCUUCUAGGAUGAAUGAAAUGCCCACCUUGGAAGAUACAGAAAUGAGUGCUCUUGAUUCAAGUUUUUAAAGCAUGGGCACUAUUCUCAUUUCCCACCUAAAGAAAAGGAAUCCUGAGCAGUUUCAAUAAGCAAGUGUUUCUAACUCAUUAGUUUAAUAUUCAUUUUGGAGGAAUUCCUCUUGUAAGUACUUUGAGACCCUACAAUGAAAUUUGUAAGCACCUGUAGUUUUGAACAUUUUCUACCAGGCCAGGUGAUUAGCACGAGAGUUACAAUGCUGCUUGGAAUGCGCACAUCCCAUAUUGGAAUGUGGACUUUGAGUCCUGGCCCCUCUGCUUCCCAUCCAGCAUCCAGCUAAUGCAGCGGGAACGACUCAAGUGCUUGGGGUCCUGCCACCCACAUGGGAGACAUGGAUUGGGUUCCAGGCUCCUGGGUCAGCCCUGGCUGGUGGGAGAAUUGGGGGAGUAAGCCAGUGGAUGGAGAAUCUCUCUGUCUCUUUUCUCCAAUUUUUUCCUUACUUGCAAAUAAAAUGAAAAAUUAAAAGUUCAUAAAAUGAGUUUUUUAUCAUAGUGAGUUUUAGAAAUCACUCUAUAAUGACUUUACCCUUGUGAUCAAUUAUCUAAAGUCCCUAGACUGUGCCAUGGUAUAGCUGGUGUUAUUUUAGGUGCUACAGUGUUUCUCCCACUUGAUAUCUAGGGGUGGUAUGGUCUCAUCCCUUGGCCCUUUGCAGCGUAGAAAUUGGAACCUAAGUCUUUCUGCCUGACGCACCCAAUUGUUUUUCGUCCAGUCUAACUGUUCAGAUCACAGAGCUGAUUACCAAUAACACCCCUCAGGAAGAAAGGCAAUGCAUGCACUGUAGACUUCCGAAUUCCAACACAGGUACACCUUGCUUGGACGGCAGUGCUUGGGUCCCUCUGUGUACUGACAGCAGGUGCUGUUUGUUACCAAGUUUGUUGUCACUUGGGGCCCAUACUGGGCCUACAAGACACUUGCAAAAGUAAAAAAAAAAAAUGAAGAAAUUACAAACUGAAAUAGUAUCCAUUAACCUCUUUGCUGAGUCAUUAUCGCCAAUCAGCUGCCAGGUUGCUGCUCAUCUUGCUUUGUGCUGCUGUGAGCACAGUCGCUGUUGGAAGAGGCUGGCCACUGAGCGUCCUGUCUGUCGGGCUGUCAGUGAGGAGGCCAGGAAGGCAGCCUUGGUCUCUUCUCUCCUCUCUCUUCUCUUCAUUCUCAAGUUGCAAAAGCAGGUGUUUCAAAGAAGAAGUAAGUCAGACACCGUUUCUGUUGUAUUUGAAGAAUUGAGUAUCUCAGAUUGAUCAAAUUGCAAGAAUAGAGUGAUCCACUUGAAAGAGUCCUUGUAUGUUCCUUGGUCCAGGGCUGUGGGCAGAGAAAGCCUGGUGGACACCAAUGUGAGAAACUAGGAACUGUUACCCUGGGCAUUUGUAGCAGAUUCUUUAUGGGUCAGUAUUUAGAAGAUGAUGUUCCCUGUAGAACAGUCAAGUGCAUGAGGCUUUCACGUUAGCUGCAUCCCACACACCUGUGGGACUGGGCUGUUCUGUGGGGCUUGGGGAUCUGGGUGUGAUGAGUGCCCAGGGUAGAAAGUGAUGCACAGCUAGGAAACACGAGCAUGGAUGACUUUACAUAGAUCACUUUCUCCUUCCUGAUGCAUGUUGAAGGCAGGCGUUAUAAUAUUUUCCAUGGAAUCUGAUAAAUAUAAAUGAGAUUGUUAACUUACCUCUUCCUCCUUGGGUCUGUUUUAGAGUUUGCAAAGAGAAAUGCACCUAAAACAUGAGCCAUGAACUACAGCCAGAGGCAGAGAGAGCCUUAGUUCUGAGCUGCAUUGAAUGACUCUGGAGAGACCAUUAUGGACUAAUUAUUGUGCCACUUGUGAGUUUCUGCCUGUGAUCCCUGCCCGUGUGUGUGUGUUGGGGGCAGUAGAGGGGAGGAGCCCUUCGGCCACUGCCUGGAAAUCUCAUUUCUUUGCAAGACCGUGCCUUCUGCUGACUCCUGCUCUCACUCAGUGCUGCUUCUUCAGUCCUUCCUGGCCUGAACCAGGGGUUUCCUCCUGGCGUCUAUGUCCACUGCUCCUUUUCAUGACCCUUGCAGGCGUCUAGCUCAGUCCUUAUUCCAGGGCUCAGGGGUGACAUGUUCCUAUGUCUCCUCCAUGUUGACCCUUACAUUCUUCCUGGAUGCCAGGAGCCCUCAGCCACAGGGACCGUGACCUCCUCACCCAUGGAUCCCCAGGGACCUUUAUACACUGAAGUAGUUACUGUUUGGGAUUGCUUCUUUGUGCAGCAAAAAUUACCAAUGGAAAGCACCGUGUGAAACCUCCCUCCACAUCCCCUUCUAUGUUAGAGCAAAUGCCAGAGGAUGUUCUUCCCCAUUCCUUCUCCUAGACCCUCAAUGCACCAGCCUCUUCGAUUGCAGCCCUCUUGGUAGACGUGGAUUCAAGCAGUCAUCCUCAGGGCACCAGGAAGUGUUCCCACCUGGAAUCCCCUGUGCACCCUGCGCAGUGACAAGGAGCAAUGAGCCAGGGGUGUCGGAGGGUGCUCUGCCCCAAUUCAGCAGUUAUAUGGGCUUUUCCACAGAGAGCGCAGCAGGUAUCUUUGUUUUCUUAAUGCUCCGGUCUGCUCUUUGGGAUUCUGUAGCUUAACAAAUACUGACAUUUAUUUCUUACACUUGCAGAGGCUCAGGCAUUGCAGACCAAGGAGCACACAGAUUUGGUGUCUGGUGAGGGCCCUUUUACUGAGAGGCAAUGCAGCUCUAUGUGGCCUCUGUUAUAAGGGAAUUAACCUCAUUUGUGAGAGGGCCACCUCCCCAGGGUAUCACCUCCUGUACUCUCCCCUUGGAUAUUCUGAUUCCAAGCUCUGAAUUUCGGGGAGACCCAAACGCUCGGAGCGUAGUACUUAAUCACUGGGCAAUGCUGUUGCAGGCACUCGGAACUACGGAGAGAAGAAGCUUGUAAGGCUCAGAUCCAGCGGCACCUCAUCGUCCUUCUCUCCACACCUAAGCCAGUCUUCCUGUCACAGCAGUGUUGACAUCAAAUAGAGAAGGAGAAGACAUGGGAGGAGGUGAUAUGCUUCCCAAAUGCUGUCCCCUCCUAUUAGAAAUGUGUGCCACUGUUGACACCGCAAAGUUGGAGAUGAGCAAUAGCGUUUCCAGCAGUGCAGCUCAGUGCCAGUUCACAGAACAAUGAGCUUUAAUAGCCUUAGAGUGACACAUCCAUAUGGUUCUGAUCUGCAGGUGCACCUAGGCAUCCCAUUAUUCUCCCCCCUUCCUGUCUCCUCCUUUUCUUAUGAAUAACCAAAUUAUGCCUGACUACAGAACACCACUUGGAACAAAGGAUUCUUGUCUGCUCCUCCCUUCACCCUCAUCCAAAACUCUGGCCCUACUUAAGAAAAGCAACGUAAAGAUAUCUGUGUCCUAGAUUCCAAGACAUCUGGCAUUCAAUUCGGCCCCAGCCUCAAACUGGGCCUUUCGCCUGAGAGCAGCAGGUGGACAAUCUCAUCACUGUGAACCUGGAGGGAGCAGUAUCCCCCUCCUUCUCUAGCACCAAUUCUGCUCCCAGAGCACUCUUUCCAACACCGAGUCUUUCUGUGCUAACGAGAAGUUCAGGUUGGAAAGCAGGACAGAAUGUCCUUCAUGUCCUUUCCUUCUGGACAUGAAAAUGUGGCUAGAAGUGCAACCCAUCCAGAGUUGUCAGUCUUAGGUGGAGAAAAACUAAGUUUAUUAUUCUUAGUAGAUAGUACUUUUAGGAUACCCAUUUCCCAAUGCAAUCAGAUUUUGAAGUUUAGGAAGGAAAAAAUGAAAACUUUGAAAUUGGAUAUUAAACAAUGAAAACAAAGGGGAAAUCUUUCUGGGUCAGAGAUGUGAGUUGAGUGCAGGAAGAGUCACUGCUGCUCCCUGAAUCCCCAUCCCUUACAGCAUCAGACCACAGUGUUGUUUCAUGACAAAGUCUAAGGUAGAUGGCUUUGUUCUGUGAGCCACUGGGAAAGAAGGAAAUACAGGAAGAAAGGAGAAAAGAAAGGAAACAGGGGAAAGUGGAGAAGCAAGGGAAAUGAGAAGGAAGAAAGGAAAUGGACCCAGAGAAGGAAGGAGUGGGCAGCAUAUAGAUUUGGUGCGUGCUUUUCACAAGUCAUAUUGGAUGCAGAUACUUGGCUGGAUGUUUGAUUCUUCAUGAACUGUACCUGAGAGGGCUGAGUGCUUUUCCUGGACAGGUGGUUCCAGGAGCAGAAGUGGGUCUCUGCUGAGCCUGGCCCUGGGCCAACAAAGGCUGGUCUGUUUGCUGUGAUCCAUCACUACGGAUCACAUCCACAAGACCAGGCUGCAAGCACUGGCUUGUUGUCACAGAGCUACUUGGGAAGGUAAAGUUGUUCCCGUCUCUCAGAUGACAAGAUCAGCCUGACAUGCUGGCCAAAUGUGGGCUGGGCCUGUGAUCCCUGGCCUCCUGCCCCUUCCCAUCAGCAUUUGGCUGACUAGUGGCUUCCUCCCAUCAUGCAGGAGUCAUCUCAAAGAGGGAGAAUAUGAAACCUUGGAACGAGCUGGCAGUGCAGUUCCUGAGCUAGGGAAAGGCUUCAGCUAUAAGUGUAUUGACAGCCUGUUCAUUUUCAUAACGCUCCUCUGCAGGUAAAAAUGCAACCUUGGUGAAGUGUCUAAGGAGAAGACUUAUCAAAAAGGUUUCCUUUUCCCUCAAAGAUAGAGCAUGAGAUGGCUGCUGCUCUAUGGAUGUGUUUUGUAAUGAAAACUGAUGCUAUCAGUGGAGUUGAAAAAUAAGAUGAUUUGAACUAUAGUAUACAAUAUUGAGCUUCAUUAUGGCUUCAGUUUUUUAAAUAAAGAUUUAUUUAUUUGAAAGUCAGAGUUACACAGAAAGAAGGAGAGAGAGAGGUGUCCUCUAGUUGCUGGUUAACUCCCCAAUUGAUCACAACAGUUGGAACUGGGCCCAUCUGAAUCCAGGAGUCAGGAGUUUCUUCUGAGUCUCCCACGCAGGUGCAGGGGCCUAAGAACUUGGGCCAUCUUCUGCUGCUUUCCCAGGCCACAGCAGAGAGCUGGUUGAGAAGUGGAGAAGCUGGGAUUCCAACCAAUGACCAUAUAGGAUGCCAGCACUGCAGGUGGCAGCUUUACCCACUAUGCCACAGCACCAGCCCCAUGACUGCUUAAGUUGAUAUCAGUAAUAAAUCUAUAAUCCACUGUUGCAGAUACAAGAACUUGGUGACAGUGCAAAACUUUUCAAGUAUGAGAGGUAAAACCUGAAAGUUGCAAAAAGAUAUAAUUUAUUUCAAUACUUUUAAAUUAGCAUUAUUUCUCUGCCUAUAGGAUCAAUACAGAUUUAUAGAUAUCAAUAAAUUUUCUUCAUUAAUAACAUAUGCUAUCUAUGGAGAAAAUUGUGAACUAUUUGGUAAUCAUGAAUUUGAGGAUUUCCAAACUUUAUGGGACAUAACUAUGAUGACUUAAGGACUGACUUCAUGGCAUACAUUGUAUUGUCCAUACAUUUAUUCAUACUACAGCAAAUAUUCCAAUAAAUCAUAUAUGCAAAAUACAUGGCCAUUAUAGCCACUUUGAGCACAAUUUAAUUUUAGUAGUUAUUGUGUAGGAUAUGAUUUCAUAUUUUGUAUCAUAGCUGUAAAAAUUAGAAGGAGCAUUGAUUGUAUGUAAAGCUUUUUAACUUAUUAGCUGUAUGACCUUGGUAAGUCAACUGUAUUUACUGUGCUUCAUUUCUGCGAUGGAUAGAUUGACAUGUAACUAUUGUACUGUGUGUCUGGCACAGGGACCAAGAUGUUGCUUGGGAUGACUGCAUCCUCUCUCGGAGGACCUGGGUUGGAAUGCCAGCUCUGCUCCUGUUUCCGCUUCCUGAUUGUGCACACCUCAGGAGGCAGAGCACAACGGCUCCAGUAGUUGGCUGCAACUGAUUUUAGGAAAGGGAAGGCUCUACUCUUACGAAUGUUAGAGUCUAGUAGAGAAAACAAACUUCAUACAUGGAUGUGAACUUAUACCCAAAGCUGUAAUACGUAAGAUGUCAAUAGCACAUGAUAAUUAUAUCCAUAUGUUAUAACUUCAGUUUUAUUAUAAUGCAGACUUUUGAAUGAAAAUUUCUUGUUAUCAAAUAUGAGUUACUCAUUUAUUUGACAAAUAUUUGCUGAGUGUGACUCUAAAACACACACCAUAAUCAGUGCUGGGGAUCAAACACAGAGCACAGAGCCAAAGUCCCUUUCCUCUUGGAAUUCACAUUCUUGGCGAGGAAGAUGGGAAAAUGUACAUAAGCACUUAAGGGUCGCAGUGGUCUACACGCCACGUAGACCAGGCAGCUCAGGUCGGGUACACAGAGCCGGGGGAUGUGGGGUACGUUUUACGUCAGAUGGUGAGGACAGAUUUUACUGAGAUGGUGGCAUUUGCACUGAGCUACAGAAGGUGAAGACACUUAGGGUAGAACCUUCCAGACUAUGGGCACAGCCACUGUGCGGUGUCACUGAUAGGAAGGGGCUUGGAAAGUGGAGAGGAAACUCACAUCAGGAAAGCAAGCUGACCUGGAGAUGGCAACACCCAACGGAGAGUUUGUUUUGUUCUGUGCAUGUUGCUGAUUACAUGGCUUCUCCUCCAAAUAAGAGGGGCAGGCAGCAGGUUGUACUGAUUGGAAGAGCUCUAGCUUAUGAUGGAAGAGCAUCUUCUGGCCACUGUGUUGACUACAGUUCAAGGGCAACAAGGGCAUGGCCUCUGGGGCUGAUUCAGAUGAGAGGUUGCAUAAUCCUGGAGGUGGAGAGAGCGGGCAGCAUAGGGCAUCUUUCAAACUGGACUGGCAGAGCAGCCUGGUGUCCUGCCAUGGUAUUCCUGCAAAGUAGACUGGGAUGGACUGACGCUGUGGUCUGGGACUUGCCCAGCUGCAAAGGAUAGGUUGUCUGUCCCAUGUUAGAGAAGACUGUGGGAAGAACCAGGUGUGUGUUUUCUUAGGCAGGCAGGUUAGCAGGUAGCUGGAUACAUAUGUCUGAAUUGUGCAGAGGAAGCCCAACCUGGUAAUCUUAGAUUGAUACAGGAAGUGGUCACCUGGGAAGUGAGGGUAGAGAAGGAAGGGAUUCAAGGACUGAUUUGUGCACGAAUGCACGUGUGAGUGUGUGUCCUUUGAGACACAAGGACAGUGAAAAGAAAAACAGCAAAUGAUCAUUUGAAAGGAUCGACUGCUGGGUUUUAGGAGAAACAAGAGACAAGGCUUAUUAGAAGACAAGUAAAGAAAGUAUCUCAAGAGGAAUAAUCCAGUGUGUGAAAUGCUGCUCACGGAUGAAAUGACAAGAGUGCCAACACACACACUGGAUUAGGCUACAUGUAGGCAAUGGAGAACCUUGGUGAUGGAGGUCUCAGAGGAAUGGCAAAGAUGAAAACUGGAAAGAAAACUAUAGAAAAGGAAUUAGAGGGUUUGUUUGAAGGAGCUUCACUGUAGUGUUAUUGGAGGGGCAGUGCCAUGGGCUUGUGAUUGGACAAGGAUUUGUACUGAUAAUUUUUAACCAUUUUUAGUGACAUGACAGCAUUUUACAAUGAUGGCAGUGACACAGUAGAGAAGGAAACACUGAUGUGAGAUGUAAUCUACUGUGAGGUCUGUGUCUGUAGGCAGGAGAACUGACAGUGAGAGGAGCAAAAGGAGGCAGAAUAUGUGAUGAAAUAUGCAAGUGAGUUGUGAGAGCUGAGAGCUGUGGACCUUCUCUUUUGAAUUUUUGUAUUUUGUCAGUGAAAUAGUCAGCAAGGUUGUGAGUCGAAAAUGGAUAGCACAGAAGGAUAUGUCAGCAAUUUGAGGAGAAUGGUAUUUUGAAAAAACUAGGGGAAUAUUGACUGGCAGAACUAAAAGUGUCCUUGUCUUUGCUACACAAAAAAAUAUGUGUACCUGUGUUUCUGUAUAGAGCAGAUUGAACAGAGGGAUGGUUGCAUAUAUGGUUGGAUAAGUGAAUGGUUGAUUGGGUAGAUAAAGGGAUGAAUUGAUAGGUCUUAGAUUGAUGGCUGAAUGUAAGGAUGGUUGAUGGAUGGAUGGACAGAAAGAUGGGUAUCAGAUGGAUAGAUGGGUAACCAUGUUUACUAGUAUAUAACCACCAACUAGUAAAUGAAUAAUCAAAAAUUAUAAAACUUCAAAUAGUUAAUUCAUAGACUCUUCUUUGUGCUUUAAUCAAAUCACUAUUCAUUACUCCUUGAUCUAGAUAGCUGUUGCACUCUCUGGUCUUCUGCUUUAAUAUCUGUGAGUACAUCAUGUGGGUUCACUAAGGAUCACGUAAUCACACUUCCUGGCACAGUGCUCACUGUCUAUUGGAGCUAGCUUGGGCUGUGCCUAAUCCUAUGGUGCUGCUUAGGCUGUGGCUUGGAAAUAAUUUGGGGCCACUUUUAGAUUAGGCAGCCCAGGGCUCUCAGACCUCCAUCUACCAGAUUUCGACUGUUUUCUUCUACUGAAGCAGAAGAUUCAACGUUCCUACCUUUGUGGUCUCCUGAAGUCUGUGUACUCAAGGCAAAGCUGAUUGGGCUCCUGCUGUGUUUAGAGACUGCAUAGAACCAGCCUUCACCUCUUUGAGGCUUCAUGCAGAUGGUUCAGUCCGUGAACAGCCACUUGGCACUCAGAAUACAGUGGAACAGUCACCACAGGGUUAACAGCCACUUGGUACUCAGAAUACAGUAGAACAGUCACCACAGGGUUAAGGCCCACGUCUCUCAGUUGACAACACUGUUGUGUUUCCAUUUCUCUCUUGACCUGUGCCCCCCAGAGCUCCCGUUUGCUGGCAUGUUGUGUACAGAUUUCCACUUUUGUCCUAGGAGACCCACUCCACAGCACUGGCCACAUUUUUAAGAGUGGGUCUACUGAAUGCAUCUUCCCCAAUGGCCCAGGCCCUCUCAGAUGCUUCUGACCUUCAGCAAGACUCCCACUGGGAAAUGAUUUGGCACAGACACAUGGAGGGGGAGAAAGAUGGGUGGAUAGCGAAGCCGAGAGGCAGAGGCAGACUGAGGGCCUGUAACGACCACCAUCCUGCACCUCAGCGCUGUGUUUUGGUGAUUCCUAUCGGUGACUUAGCUCUUUCCAUGUAACUUGGACUUCCUGCAGCAAGCAGGAUGUUCAUAGACACAAACUGACUCUCAGUGUGCUGGGGUGAGACCUGGAUGCCCAACACUCUUCUCCGAGCACAGUGUCCCACCGGGAAGAGAUCUCAGCCUCACGUCCCUGCUCAUUUCACUUCAGGGUCCUUCAGUCCUAGGGUGGAUCCACUCUCCUUGACUCUCACUGACCCAUAACUUUUAAAACUGCACUUUCCCAGGCCAAAGUAUUAAGCCUCAUAACAAAACCCAAACCAAAUCCAACCCAACAGAAAUACCAGGAAACCCCUUAAAUCCAAGAGAUCUCAUUUCCAAUAUCCACAAACUAGAGACAAACGGAGACUGCAUGGAUUCUGCAUUUCAGCACUCAGCACUGCUUCUGCACAAAGGGAACAGAGGAUCAUUUUAUCCAAUUUAAGCCUAAUUCCAUGUUUAUCAAUCAUUAGACACUCAAAAAUUUUAAAGGACUACAUUUUCUGAUUUUUGUAAUUGCAGCUUUUUUCUUUGGUUGAUGUUACAGGAUGUGGCUAGGUUAUUUUUUCAUUUUACAGGCUCAAUGAUAAAGCAAAUUGUUUCAACUCAUUGCAGCUUCUAUUACCGCAAUGCCCUGUGAAAUUUCUAGAUUGCAGGUAUUUAUAGCUCUGCUUUGUUUCUGUACUGAAUUAAUUCUGUAUAUUUGUGUUUUUAUUUCUGUAUUAUUUUAGAAAGGUUUGGGAUUAUAAGUGUUUAAUGAUAUAGUAUGCCACAGUAAUACAUAUUUUAAAGAUUUGUUUAUUUAUUUGCAAUGCAAACUGAUCAAGAGAGAAGAAGGGAGGGAGAGGGAGAAAGACACACACACACAUACACACACAGAACUUCCGUCUACUGGUUCACUCCCUAAAUGUAUUCAGUGGCCCUGGCUGAAUCCAGGAACCCAGAACUCUAUUCAGGUCUCCAAGUGUUUCAGGAGCUUUAACCCAUCAGAUAACUCAAUAUGAAAUCCAAGUUUAAGUAAAUUCUACUGAAAAAGAAACUCUGAGAAAAUUGUGAUUGUAACAUUUAUUCAUGAUUAUAAAUAUCUAUGCAGGUAUAAAACAUAUCUUAAAUAAAUGAAUAUUUUAAACAUAUUUCAUUAUUUUGUAAUGCAGUUAAAAUUUUUAUUUUAAUAAAAUAUUUUAAAAGUAAAUAGGUGCUCACAUGGUGCCAUCUUACAUGUAAGAAUGCCGUGUAGAAAAAGUUGAAUUUCACUAUGAAUAGAUUUGAAUGUGCAACCCUGUUCAGUUUGGCCUCAACUGGUUGGUCCAUCUUUCCGUCUGUCCUUCUUUCCUUCCUUCCUUCUUUGAUGAAUUAAUUAAUUGAUUAAUUAAUUUGAAAGACAGUUUUACAGAGAGAGAGAGAGAUCUUCCAUCCUCAGAAGCCAGGGCCAAAAGCUUCUUCUGUAUUUCCCCACAUGUGGGUGCAGGGGCCCACGCCCUUGGCCAUCCUCCACUGCUUUCCCAGGCCAUUAGCAGAGGGCUGGAUCAGAAGUGCAGCAGUGGGGCGGGAACCUUUGCCUGCAUGGGAUGCAGGUGUUUUAGGCAGUGGCCAAGCCCACUGUGACACAACACCAGCCACUCAGUCUCAACGUUGUCUUAGGAACUGCAGUCUUGUUGCAGUUUGUUCCGGUGACAUUAUUGCCUGGUGACACCACUUUCUCCUUGUUUACUUGUCUGAUUAAGGUGAAGAGCAAACAGGACAAGCACAAUAGCACAUUGUUUCCUCCAAAAUAAAAAAUGUGACUUUGGUGGGUCCUUCACAAUGGUGUGCUAUUGGCUAAAGUAGACAAAAAGUGAUGUGAUGAGUAAGAAUGUGAUGAGCUGAUUUGUAAAAUUGUCAAGCAUUUUGUGUUUUUCUAUUGUUUCUAAACAAAUGCUAAUCCCCAUACUACGUGGAAAUGGCUUCAUUUAGAAACUUAAAAGGUAGAAAUGUAUGAGCAAUAUGAUGAUGUUCAGUUCUAUCCUUUAGGUGGAGUUUUAAAAUAUAAUCAACACCUCACUAUUGAUGACUCAGAAAAAUGAUACUUAAAGGGUGAUAAAAUGAUGAAUGUCCCUGUUUCAAAGAAAAUUGUGGAUUCCCUUACUGUACUCUCUAACAUGGCCUCAUUUGCAGGGCCGUGUUCACUGCCUGGUAUGAUGGGCCUCUCUGACACGAACAAAUGCUAUGCAUUCAGGGACAGACCCUACAACCCACAGAUAGAUCUCCCAUGACUAGGAAUAUCCCUUUCCCACAUAUUCACUUUGCAAAGAGAUUUGAGUGGCACAGGGUAAUUUUGUAGGUAGCAGGAACAAACAGCCAGGGGAAAAAGUUAUAUUAGUAAUUCAUCCCCAUGCACUGGAAUUGAGUAGUGGAAAAUUAUAUCAAUUAUGUCCUUGCUGGCUACGGAUGGAAACUCUGCAGUAAUAAACUUUUCAAAGUGAUUGACUCGCUGAAGUCCCAUGAUGGCUUCCUUUUCCCCUGUGUGUGCGGCAGGUUGACUUGAACUUGGGAGCACUCUUUGUUCACACACACAAGGAGUUUGAGGUGAUCUUGACCAUUAUUCCUCAGCAUGACCCCUGGGGACAGCCUGUAGGGGACUACACUUAGUCUAUGUGAACGUGACUUUCUAGAGAUGAAUUGGCAUCAAAUAUGUGCUGUCACUCAACAAUAGGCAGAGACUUAAUGCCACUACAUUGUACACCUACAGUGGGUAAAAUGGUAAUUUCAGUGUUUAUAUAGUUUGCCACAAACAAAAGUGUGAGCUAGCAUGUGAGUGAGAGGAUGCUUAGGCAGGAUUAUUACCUCCUGGUAUUUAUAACCUGGAGUUAUAACUCAGAUUUAAAAGUUUUACUGCUGGGGGCUGGUGCUGUGGUACAGUGGGUUAAGCCACCAAUACCAACAUCCCAUAUGGGUGCUGGUUGGAGUCCUGGCUGCUCCACUUCCAUCCAGCUCCCUGCUAAUACACCUAGGAAUGCAGUAGAGAUGGCCCAAGUGCUUGGGCCCCUUUCACCCACAUGGGGGAUCUGGAUGUAGCGUUUGGUCCCUGGCUUCGGACUUUUCUGCCCCUUUGAGAAGUGAACCAGUGGAUGGAAAAGAUCUGCCCUUCUUCUCUCUGUCAAUCUGCCAUUCAAAUAAAUAAAUAAAAGAGUUUUACUGGGAAAUAUGAUGAAAUUCGUUGAGCAGGGCCAUGAGUGAGGGAAACAACUCCUCAGUGGUUAUUCACAUCUGUGAAUAAACAAUAAACAAUUUAGUUCUGCAGGUAGGAUUUUAGAGACCUUUUAGCAUCCAUUAUUAGAGAAAGCAGUUGCGCCGUCUUAAUUAGCUAAGCAGCCCAUUAAUUUGCGUCAGAUCUAGCAGGCUUGCCAGAAGCUCUCUGUGGAUCAAACCCAGAGGUCUUGUUUUCCGGAAGAUACUGAGGCACUGAGGACACUUGACGUUAAGGGACUUAAAGAGUGCACAUGGGACAGCUGUGGUCCAGUUGAGUGGUCAGUGACAAGGCCCACGUUCCUCACAUUGUCCUGGCAUGUGGGCUGUGGAAUCCUUGGACCAGUCACCCUCCAUGGCACAGCGGUAACCUAGGUCGCCAGCUGCUGUUAGUCGCAAAUCCUUGGCGGUCACUCCCUGGCCCACUCACCGGCCCAGCUGCCACCUGUACUUUACUGAUGGGCUGCAGACGGAAGUCUAACUGUUUUAAGGCAACAGUAGUCUUUCACAGCCUCCACCACGUGGUGGAGGAGCCUUUAGGUGAAAGUGUGGAUGCCCAGACUGUCCGUCAUUAGGACACACUGGUAUGCAUGCCCAGUGUACAGGCUCUUUUGUGGCUUUUCCUAGGGUUGAGGGGUGACUUUUACUGACUCCUGGAGGCUUCUCCAGGUGACAUUACCUCCCCAAACCACUCCUGCAAAGGCUGGUGCUUGAGGCAGGGCCAGGGCCCAGCUGUGCCACCGGCUGCACCACACUGAAGGCCAAUAUACACAGCUAGUUUUGUCUGUUUAUUUUCCUUAUUUUAACUUUAGCUUCUCAAAACAAUGUGUUGGCUCUCUCCUCAAAGUUUUACACACUGUUUAGGAAUGAAAAGCAAUGAAUGUGAAAACUAGAAUUGAAACAAGGGUGACUCAGCUGGACAGAGUAAUGACAGGACAGAGUCCUGCACUGUGACAGGAAGUUGGUCCAGUGAGCCAGGAGGGUCUAAGAGCACAACAGGAGUAUACUAUGGAACACUACUCAGCGGUUAAAAAAAAAAAGAAAGAAAGAAAUCCUGUCUUUUGCAACAAAAUGGACGCAACCAGAAACCAUUAUACACAGUAAAAUAAGCCAGUCCCAAAAAGAUAGAUACCAUACGAUUCUCUGACCUGUGGUAACGGAUAGAGUACCUAAAAUGUAAUAUAUAGGAGUGAAAUUGGUGUUUUGAAAUUCGAUGAUUGUUAUAGCCCUUGUCUCCACUGUUGAGGAGCAGUGUUUUCCCUUCAUACUAUUUGUUGAUCUCUUUACUUAGAGUAGAGUUAAUAGUAUGAAUAUAAAGUAAACUGAAAAUAGAAUUCAGAGUGGGAAUAGAAGAGGGAGGAGGAAGCAGGGUGGGAGUAUGGUGGGGAGGGAGUGUUGGGUGGGCAGCAUCACUAUGUUCUUGAAUCUGCAUAUAUGAAAUACAUGAAAUGUAUGUACCUGAGAUACAAUUUUUAAAACUUUAACAUGAGAAAAAGAAGAGAAAAAAGGAACAGGCAGGCCUCAGGGUGGAAUUAGGAGUCCCUGUGGAUACUUUCUGUUGGUGUGUGUGUGUGUGUGUGUGUGUGUGUGUUGUUGGAUUUUUUCUGACUGCUGGGUGUUCUGAUGGUUUGGUGACCUUCGAUGUCUGCUCAUAUUUAAAAGCGUUAGGACUAAAUGUUGAGAGCUGUCUCUGGGUGUGUCAGAGUGGGGCAGGCUGUUGGGUGGAUGGCUUUAUCCAUCCCAGGAACACGUGCUGGGCAGAGUGCUCACUGCUUCCUCAGCUUGCUGCAGCUCUUGGUGUUUUCCCUGGCCUGGAGCCUUUCCUUGGCAAACACCUCCCUGACUGUUCCUGGGUGUUAUGAGAUUCCUUGGAUGGUUCUCAGAGCCAGCUAGGGGAGAGAGGCUUGGAGCCACGCCUUCCAUAAUGUACAUUUCAAUUGAACUUUGCUCAGCAUAUGUUUUGAUGGACAGAUGGUAAUUAUGUGCCUUUGUGGGCUAUAGUGUGAUAUUUUGAUUUUUGCAUUGUGGAUUCAAUCAAAAUAAUAACUAUUUCCAUCAUCUCACCAACUCACCGUUCUAUUGGUGUGGUGACAAUGCUAAAAAUCUAUUUCUUUCACAGUUUUGAAAUAUGGGAUGCAUUUUUGUGGACUGUGUUCACCAUACAGUGAAGUAAGCCGGGCACAGGUACCACAAGUGCUCACUGACCUGUGGACGUCACAGAAACAGCGCAGAGAGGGGAUGACAGAGGCUGGGGAGGGAGUGGGAAAGGAAGAUGAGGCCAAAGGGCACCGAGCUGGAGCUUGAUUUUCUGUUAAUCUCGCUCCAGUUUUGCCCAGGGUUCCGCAUCCCUGAAGAACCUAGAACGUUCUGCUGCUGUGGGGGUUGUGGCCCCUCUCCAGGAAGGCAGGGGUGGUGUCUAAGGUUGUGGCUCUGCCUAUCCAGGGUUCCCUGAGGCCUUCUUGCUUGAGGCUGACAUUUGUAGGCCCUUCCGAGGCCUCCCACUCCCGAGCCUCUCUGGGACUGUGUGCUACAAAUUGGCUUGUUUCUGGAAUUCCCAAAUCGCCCAUUUAGAUUUCAGCUUUAUCAAUUCUGCUAAGUCAGUUCCACUUGUCUGUUAACCCAGAGGCUUCUAAAAUCACGUUGCUGUCAACGUGUCUCUUUUGUCUUCGUCCUGGUGGAGAUGGUGUUCUCAUGCCUCCCACGUAUCUGGUGAGGAAGCCGGGAUAAGUGCAUUCAGUCAGCCAUGCUCAGCUGGAAGCUCCUGGGAGCAGAUUUUGAUCAGCCCCAUCUUAUAUAUGAGUUGCAUUUGAAGUAUUUAUGGCAUACAGACGGAAACGGGAUUGGAAUUAGGAAUCGGGCUGAGCUGAGUGACACGGCUUUGCCUUUAAUUUUCUGUUCUCUGCGUUUUGAGGUCUGUUCCUCUCUUGUAGUCUGAUUCCGUGGUUGUGUGGAGAUUGCCUUUGGGACUCCCGGUCAUGGGAGAAGCUCAGCGUCUGCUGGCUGCCUCUGUGGUCUGCCCAGACAGCACAAGGCUUGGAGAUCAAGGGCACCGAAGGAGCAGCUCUGGGCCUGCACCCUUUGCCCGAUGGCUGAGCUGCAUACGUGUCAGCUACUCUGCAGGGCGUUGCCUGCAAGCCUCAGGACCCAGUCCUGUACCUGUUCUCCUGCUCCCCCUCUCCCUCAUCCUCUCAUUCUCAUUCAGCCCUACAGCCUCUGUCCUGAUCUCCAGCUACCUCCCCCACUCGCAGUGAACAGAGCCCCCUUGGUGCUGCUGCACUCUCUGCCCUGGUCCCCACCAUCUUUUCCAUCUCAGGUAGUGAGUUGUCUGGCUCAGAUUCCAUUCUUGACUUAUCGAAUUCCUUCAGCCCCCCAGCCAGCUGCCAAGAACUCCUGAUUCCGGCUCUGAAAUUUCCCGCCAAUGCUCUUCUCCUGGCCUGCUCUCGCUGCCCUGGGAAGAGACAGCAUCACUUCUCACACAAACUGAAAUCGCUCCCUAGUGCGUCUCUAUGUGGCUGUGUUUGCCCUGGCACAACCUAUCCCAGUAAUGAUUUGGAAUAUGCACUAGAUCUGGCCACUUCCCCACCCUCCAGCACCACCCAUCAGCUUCUAUGAUCUUAAUUAUUUCUGUGGCUUGAAGGCCCUGCUGGGGUUACCCCUGUGCCACUCCUCCCUCCCCAGGCUGCUGCCUAAGUCUGACACAGUGGGACCCUCUGCCCUCAAUGCUUGCUGCCCCACCAUGGAGCGCUCUUGCUUCCUGCUCUUGCCCAUGUUGACUUGUUUGCUAGCUCUCCAGUUUACAAAAACGCAACCUUUCAGAAGGGAUGCACAGGCAACUCUUUCUAAAUGGACCGACCCAUGACGUGUGCUUGUCACCAACUCACAGUGAUCAAUGACCAUUUCCACUGAACAUCUACUUGUUGUGCUAUGUCCUUCCCACAUUGGAAUAAAAGCAACCGACAUGCAUGAGGCUCUCAGUAAGUAUUUUGCAAUGAACAAAGCAAUUAAUGAAAGAUAAUGACAGUCUGAUGACAUUGAAAAUAUUAGUUUAACCUCAGAAACAGAAACCAUCCUAAGAAAUGAAGAAAAAGUACACAUGAAAUACCAAAGAAUAUCUCUGCAACUCUUGUAUGUAGUUUCACAGAUGGAAACCGACUUUCCAUCUGAGAGCCAACUAUGGGAAAUAAGACCAGUACCUUUUGUUUGUAUUUAUGCUUACACAAAGGCAUCCGUGUUUAAGUGCAGUACUUGUGAGAAUUCCUGACAGAAAUCUCCAAGAGGCAGCUAGAAACAAAACCAGCUGUCAGGAGAGAGGUGUGGGCAUGAGUUAGGACCAGAGGCCUAUUAGAACAGAGAUUCUUUGACUCAUUAAUUUUACAAAUAUUGAACCAGGGACUCUGCCAAAUCCUAGCUGAAGUCAUGGCUGCGAAUGAAAUUGUUGAGACUUACACAUCACACGAGUGAAAAAGAGAGAUUAAGUAGGAAUGGAGAGAAAUAGCCACAUUUUGCAAAGGGUAACUUAGCUGAGGAGGCACAGAGAGGGUGUAGGUAGAGUUUCACUGCAGAGAUACUGCACAGCUCUCCAUGCCCAGGGACACAGUGCCCAAGGGGACGCAAGGGGUGCAGAAAGAUAGAGAAGCAAGGACACCAGCAAUUCUAAUCCUUUACCCUGGGUCCUAUAGCAACAGACAAGGUCACGGAGAAGGGAACACGCCUAUAAAUGAUGACCCUUUAUUGGGAGUGGUGCAAAGAAGUGUUAUUUGUGAAUGUGAGGUCUUUUAAAAAUUCAUAAAAAUAUGUCUUAUCAAAAAACUAUGAGUUCGUUUUGCACGAAAAAUAAACUUACCUUUUAAAAUGUUUACAUAUUUUCUUUUUCAGCUUUUAUUUAAUAUAAAUUUCCAAAAUACAACUUUUGAAUUAUAGUGAAUUUUCCCCUCAUAACCUCCCUCCCAUCCACAACCUUCCCAUCUCCCACUCCCUCUCCCAUCCCAUUCUUCAUCAUGAUUCAUUUUUAAGUAUCUUUAUAUACAGAAGAUCAACUUAGUAUAUACUAAGUAAAGAUUUCAACAGACUGCACCCAAACAGACACACAAAGUAUAGAGUGCUGUUUGAGUAGUAGUUUUACCAUUAAUUCUCAUAAUACAACACAUUAAGAGCAGAGGACCUACAUGGGGAGCAGGUGCACAGUGACUCCCAUUGUUGAUUUAACAAUUGACACUCUUAUUUAUGAAGUCAGUAAUCACCCGAGGCUCUGGUCAUGAGCUGCCAAAGCUAUGGAAGCCUCUUGCGUUCACCAACUCUGAUCUUAUUUAGACAAGGUCAUAGAGCUUACAUAUUUUCAUCUUCCUGAAAGACAGAUGAAGAGAGAAGGAGGGAGAAGUGGAAAGAGAAUAGGAGGGAGAGUGAGAGAGGGAGGGAAGGAGGAAGAGAGAGAGGGAGGAAGAAAGGGAAGGAGAGAGAGAGAGAGAGAGAGAGAGAGAGAGAGAGAGAGAAAUAUGAGUUGAAUCUUCCAACUAAUUGCCUGCUUUAGCCUAAUUCCUGCUGUAACCAAGAUGGGCCAAGCUAAAGUCAGGAACCUGAACUCUGUUCAGGUAUCACUCAUAGUUCGCAUGAGGCCUGAGCACUUUAGCUGUCACAUGCUGCCUGUCAAGAUGUACAUUAGCUGGAAGCCAGAUCAGAAGAAGAGUAGCUAAGACUCAAAUCAUCCCUCUGAUAUGUGAUAUGGGCACUCCUCACUGCACCACAAUGCCCAUCCUUAAACUUAUAUUUUAGUUCUGUUUUCUAAGAACUUUUUAAAUCAUUCUGGCAAUCUGUGGAAACUGGUGGGCAGGUUGACCAGCCACACUAGAGGAAGUGGCAUCAUCUCAGAGGUGGACCACCAAGAAUCAGAUCUGAGGUGGAAAGAAAACACAUCUGGCUUUUGCUGUGCAAAUGGGAAGGACUGGUAGCCUCAGGAAAAUCCUGGUGAGAUUAACUAUCGGAAGGGAAAGUUGGCCCCAAGAGGAAAGAGGUUAAAUCUGAGUAUUGACAGGAGCCAACCAAGGAACAGAUGCCAGCAGCCUAGCUGGUUGCUGAUCUAGUGGCCAUCAUGGUUGUGGGCGUUUUAUGGUUGGAAGGGGUAUGUUGACAGUCACUAAGCCUAAUAACCUAGACACUCUGUCCCAUCAACAAUUAAACUGCAAAUGUAGUAAAAGGAGGACAAGCUUACGAUUUUAUUUAUUAACUGGAAUUAAACAGUCAAGGGCAAAUUUGGUUGUUAUUACAGAGAACAUAGACAAAUUUCCUUGACUCAAAAAGAAAGAAAUUCCACUGUCAGUUUAAGGAAAUAGAUAUAAAAACAAUUUAUUGGGAACAAAUGUUGCAAAAAGCUGUGCCUCCUUGCGUUCUCACCUGGGCUCUGUCUGCUGGGUUCUCCUCCUUGGUCCAUCUUUUCACGUUUACUUUGGACAGCUGGGUCCAGCCCCUCUGCCCCACCAACCUGCUCGAAGCAGCACUGUGCUGUCAGACUGACGAGUGCACAGGCGUUGUUGAGUUUCCUCAAGGUCCAUGUUCACACCAGGGAAUUCUCUCUUCUCCUUAUUUUUCCUGAUGAGGUAACCUGAGCCAGUGUUCUCAUCAUUCAGUUGACUGGGACUUUGUGAGAAAACAACUUUUUUCCUCUUGACUGACUUAUCUCCCUUCAGGGUAUAGCUCAAACCUGAGGGCAUUACAAAAAGCUCAUGGAAAAGAUAAUUAAAAGAUAAGUUUAUGUUGUGGCAAACAGUUUUUGAAAUCUAUGCAUAAGAAGCAUUUUCAAAAGGCUGGUGGAAAAUGCAUCCUUUGUAACAACUCUAUGUUAUCUUCAAUAAUCCAUGUUCAGAUCCCCUCAGUAAGGCCCUCCUCAGUCUCAACUACUCUUCCAUCCCUAACUCCUGCCUGCCGUUGAUACCAAGGACAAGUGAUUUUCUUCUUUCCCAUGUUAAUUCAUUCAGCAUAGCUAUGGUGUGUACAAUCUCCAGUAUAAAGAAAUCUUUAUAAAAUGUGUCUCGCUGUGUUAGAGCCACAAUUUGUGCGACCACAUUCUUCAAGACUGGUGGGAACAUUGAUUUUCAGAGUCUAAGGCUAUUGCCGGACCCAGGAUGUGUCCAUGCUUGAAUGGAUAUGAUGCAUACAAAAGACACUUGUAAUCUCAUCCCAUCUCCAAAUAGACCCACUGUUGUGUCACGGAGGUGGAUUGUGGCACUUAGGAGUAAGACAUGAAGAGUACCCAGUAUCUAUCGUUACUCUUUUCUGAGGAGUAAGCUGUGAACUGGCACCAUGUUACUCAAGAAGGUGGACACUGUAUUCCUUAUUGCUUAACUGAUCCAUGGCCUUGCCGGCUUGAAGUAGCUGGAGAAUGUAACCAGUCCAGAGAGGACAAUCCAUUCCAGUAAAAGCAGCCCUAGCUAGGAGACAAGCCCCAGGUGAGUCAUCUUCAGAAAUGGCUGGAGUUCAGUGCUUCAGACAGGAGCCUCGAGGGGCAUGAGUGGGUGAGAAUAGGGCGGGGAUGGCAGAGGAUUGCUGAGUUGGUGGGUGACCAGACCCCUCCCUGCAUUUGCCAUUUGCUAGUGCAUGGUUCUGCAUACCCUAUAUGCAGACUAUAGGGGGAAAUCUGAUCUACGGAUAUUCAAAUAGCAUAAAGGCCGUGAGCUCUUGGAGAAAAAGCACUUUCAUGUGUUCCUGGGAACGAAUCAGCCUCCAAAUCCUUUGUAAUGUAUGGAAUAUUCAAGACACAUGGACCCAUUCAUGGCAGUAGACGUUCAGGCACGUGUCUUUGCCUGAAUCCAUUCUUUCACAGUUUAACUUUUUUUUUUAAAGAAAAACUGCUAGCUGUGGACAUCCAAAAGCCAGAGGUGGUGGCACAGUGGGAUUGGGAGGGGGUGCUGGGAGCACAGGGCUGGGCCUAUGAACAGGCGCCAGUGAAUUCGUGAGAAAGGGGUUCCACCUAGGGGUCCCAGCUGGCUGAGCCAUUGUGCCUCGCACACAGGGUCCCUGUUAGAGCCUGCUUGGGAUGCUCGGCAUCUCCCUAGGUUGCCCCUGAGAACUGAGACUCAUUCAUGCGCUGGGAAUAGGAGGAUUGUUGCUAUUUUGCUGGCUCCGUGGCUUUCUCUGAGCCAGCUUGGAAGAAAUCCUCAAAGCGAAUCCUGAAUUACGCUUGACUUUCUCACUGCUGCUGACAGAGGAGGCCCUGUGCCCACAUCUCUCGUGAAGUGUGCUUGUCUGUGGAAUCACAAAUAGGGCAAAAAGCAUUAAAAAAGAAGGUUGUAAAACUGAGAAGAAAAAUCAGAUUCUAAGAAAAGACUAUUUAGGCCUGGUGGUCAUUGAUUUUCUUUAAGAUUUGUUUGAAUGUUUUUGCUUCUGUGAAGGUUCUAGUAUUGAAAACGUAUAUCACGGGGCCGGCACUGUGGCACAGUGGGUUAACACCCUGGCCCGAAGCACCAGCAUCCCACUUGGGCGCCAGUUCUAGUCCCAGCUGCUCCACUUCUGAUCCAGCUCUCCGCUAUGGCCUGGGAAAGCAGUAGAAGAUGGCCCAAGUCCUUGGGCUCCUGCACUCGUGUGGGAGACCUGGAGGAAACUCCUGGCUCCUGGCUUCAGAUAGGCGCAGCUUUGGUCAUCGCAGCCAUCUGGGGAGUGAACGAGUCGGUGGGAGAUCUCUCUCUUUGUCUCUACCUCUCUCUGUAACUCUGUCUUUCAGAAAAAUAAAAUAAAGCUUUAAAAAAAAAGAAAAUGUAUACCACUUAGUCAUGCACCGAGCUCCUUCUGAAGAACUCUUCAUAUGGAUGUGAGCUUAAACACACCACACAUGCACAGACGCAUACCAACAUUCAUGCACAUGCGUGCACACACACACACAUGCACACUCAAGUUGCUUUACAGAUUCUAAUUUAGCGUGGCUUUCUUUGCUUCUAAGAGUCAGAGAAACCAUGGCUUAUUUCCGUUUCAAUACGUUCAUUCAAUUGGCUUGUACUGAGUCCUAUCCUAUGUAAGUUUACACUAAAUAUAAAGCAAAAUGGAGAGCUGAAACAGAAGAAACGGACAAAAACAGAAUUGAACUUAGGGCCUAGGUGCUGCGGGACACUUUAGUAGGCUGGUGACUGCUGGUCAUAUUGCUUUUCUUUGUCAUGUGUCAGCAGCGGCGGCAUCAGAACUGUGCCCUAGCCCACCUGGUAAACACGACAUGGUUCCUUAGCCCCAUGUCAUGCUUAUAUGCGAGCUCAUCCCCCUGCCCAUGUGUGUGCUUGACAAAUAUUGGGGUCAGCUGUUGGGCUGUGCUGGAGUGUGUGUCCCCUUGUUUCAAGAGAUGUGUGCUCUAAAGAUAUUGUACUAAUGAUAGAUUUAAAAUAAAUAGAAAAGAGAAACUAAAAUAACUUGCCUGGUCUCGUUUUUUUUCAAUAUUUAUUUUAUUAGAGUUACAGAGAAAGGAGAGGAAGGGGGAGGGAAGGAGAGGGAGAAGGAGAAGGAAAGAGGUGGCAGGGAACCUGCUGGUUCACUCCCCAGAUGGCUGCAACCCAAAGCCACGAGACAGGAGGUUCGUCCAGCUCUCCCACAUGCUGGGUGACAAGGACAUAAGCAUGUUGACCAUAAUGUUACUGCUUUUCCUGUGCCAUUAGCGGGCAGCUGGAAAUGAAGUGGAACAACUGGCUCAUGAACCAAUGCCCAUAUAGGACGCCUGGGUUGCAGGUGGUGGCUUAACCCACUACACCACAAGGCCAGCCCUGGUUUCAUAAUUAAUUUACAUCCAUAGUUCAUGUCUUACCCCUGACCCCUGGCCCGCAUUCCUUCCACACUCAUUCCUCAGGGCCCAGCUGGGCUGGUUUCUCCUCAGGUAGCCUGCAUCAAAGCGCUCUUACCCCAGCCUCGGCCAUAGUUGCUAUCGACACACUGCCUGGCUUGCUUGUGCUUCAUUCCCACGGUGGAAGAACACAUGGGAGCUGCCUGUUUUAUGUGCAUCCCAGCACCGAGGGGAGCAGGGACCAGGUCCACAGCUCAGCAGCUGCCAGAUAAAGGUCCCAUCUGGAAUGUAGUGAGUGCAGUUUCAAGCAGUCGAGGUAGAGGUGGAGGAUGGGCUAAGGUUUAGGCUUUGGUGUGGAGAUUAGUGUUGCUGGUGGGUUUUCAGGGAGAAGUCUGAACGUUACAGACAAGACAGUUUGGAUGAAGGUCUAUGCCAUCGAUUUUGUGGACAAUGAAUGCCAGAGGCUGUGGGAUGUGAUGCUCACUGCUCAAGGUGGAUACGGUCCAUGGUCUUCCGUGUGCACCUGAUUCCCACAUGGGCAGCCUUUUAUCCUGUGGGUAGAAUCUCAUUCUUAGACUGUACAACAUGGCAUACCAUAGGCGCAUGUUGAAAAAGGACCGUGCAUGCGUGUGUGUAGAUAUGCAUGUAUGUGUGUGUGUUCAUGUGUGUAAUAUUUUUCUAAAAUACCAAGCUCAAUUGGGAGAAUGGAGAGUCCCCCCAAAAAAACUGAAUUAAUUCUCCAAGGAAAUCAAAGGGAGCAUAAAAGUACCAUGGUGCCAUAAGAUCCAGCUGCGGGAAAAACCCAAAACAAAACCCCAGGCCGCACCUCCCCACAAGGUGGCUCUGGAGUGUAUAUUCAGGGGGACUCCAGGUGGCAGAUUCUGGGCUUGUCUGGAGUAUGUAUUCAGGGGGACUCCAGGUGGCAGAUUCUGGGCUUGUCUGGAGUAUGUAUUCAGGGGGACUCCAGGUGGAAAAUUCUGGGCGUGUCUGGAGUGUGUAUUCAAGGGGACUCCAGGUGGCAGAUUCUGGACUUGUCUGGAGUGUGUAUUCAAGGGGACUCCAGGUGGCAGAUUCUGGACUUGUCUGGAGUAUGUAUUCAGGGGGACUCCAGGUGGCAGAUUCUGGGCUUGUCUGGAGUAUGUAUUCAGGGGGACUCCAGGUGGCAGAUUCUGGGCUUGUCUGGAGUAUGUAUUCAGGGGGACUCCAGGUGGCAGAUUCUGGGCUUGUCUGGAGUAUGUAUUCAGGGGGACUCCAGGUGGCAGAUUCUGGGCUUGUCUGGAGUAUGUAUUCAGGGGACUCCAGGUGGCAGAUUCUGGGCUUGUCUGGAGUGUGUAUUCAGGGGACUCCAGGUGGAAGAUUCAGGGCUUGUCUGGAGUGUGUAUUCAGGGGACUCCAGGUGGAAGAUUCAGGGCUUGUCUGGAGUGUGUAUUCAGGGGACUCCAGGUGGCAGAUUCUGGGCUUGUCUAGAGUGUGUAUUCAGGGGGACACCAGGUGGAAAAUUCUGGGCGUGUCUGGAGUGUGUAUUCAAGGGGACUCCAGGUGGCAGAUUCUGGACUUGUCUGGAGUGUGUAUUCAAGGGGACUCCAGGUGGAAGAUUCUGGACUUGUCUGGAGUAUGUAUUCAGGGGGACUCCAGGUGGCAGAUUCUGGACUUGGCACUGGCUGUUGCAGUGGCUGCUCCGGUCUCUCCUGCCUUCUCUCCAGUGAAAACAUUCCUCUCCUUCAGGCUGUGGGUAAGCAGCAGCCUUGGCCCCAUGCUGCGCCAGGAUGUAAGGGCCUCUCCUGGCUCCUCCCACGGGGCUUCCCACCAGCCCUGCCAGCCUGGGUUCUGCCCCUUAUGUGUGGAUCUCAGUUGCCAGGCAACCUUCAGCCUAAUCUGGGUUUUAAAAUUCAUUAAGAAAAAAAAAGAGAGAGAAGGCUGGCUUUUGAUUUCUCUUUUGAGUUGCAGUGGGAAGGCAGCGGUUUUACUUCUAGAGCAUAUUGUGUUCCUUAAUGAACAGUCCACCAAAUUUAUUCUGCACCUUUCCUCACUCUGGUAAUUGGCAGUGUCCAGGGGACCUGUCCUCCUAGGAGCGGUCAUUACCACAGGCCCUUGCAGCAGGUUCAGGGUAGACUGCAACAAGGGAUCCUGAUGCACAGCCUUUCAGCACGAGGCCCUGGAGCAGCCUACAGCCAUCUUCGACGUCAGGCUUGGUGACUGUCACUCUCACCGCAACCUCGUCUCUGCGCAUUGGGUUUCCAUGCUAGGGAGAGAUUGUCCGCGGUUGUCUCUGAGUCUCUGCAUGCCUGACUCAGUGAGGGACCCCCAUCCUUGCAUCUCGGACAUUAUAGGGCUCAGUGCAACCUCAGGUGGCUGUGAAAUCAGCAGGUUUUUCAGGAUAAGAAAACAAGGACUUUGGGAUUGACUGUGACUUAGACGUCAGCGCCAGGCCUUUGGCCAAGCUUAAAACAAAGAACGUUACUUGGGAUUGAGAAAAAUACUCUGUCCCUGCCACAGAUGUACUGUCUUCAGCACUUUAUGGGAUGACAUUGGGCUGUGAGGAACCCAGCCAUGCACCGCUCUUCAUGGUGAUGAAAUGUGUCCCCAGCCUGUGGGAAGUCAAAGGGAGAUGGGGAACACUUUUGUAACUUUUUUAAGAUUUUUAUUUAUUUAUGUGAGAGGUAGAGUUACAGAGAAUUAAGAGAGAAACAAAGAGAUCUUCCGUCCACUGGUUCACUCCCCAGGUAGUUCCAACAACCAGAGCUGGGUUGAUCAAGGCCAGGAGCCAGGAGAUUCUUCUGCGUCUCCCAUGCAGAUGCAGGGCCCAAGCACUUGGGCCAUCUUCUACUGCUUUCUCAGAUCACAGCAGAGAGCUGGGUCAGAAGUACAGCUGGGGUGUGGACCAGUGCCCUUAAGGGAUGCUGGUGCAGCAGGCAGAUACAUAGCCCUCUGCACCAUCUGCUCCCUUUUCCCCCAAUAACUUUAAACAUUCACGUAUGGUCUCAUAUUUUAUUAUUUUUGUUCUUAGUUUUGUUAUUCUUUGAUGAAAUGAUGGGAAUUCUAAACUGUGCCAUUGUUUAGAUAACUAGUCCCUGCUUAUUAUAUUAGCACUGGUUCUUUGUUUUCUAUUUUAGAAAAAAAUUACCCCUGCCAAAUCCAAAAUUUGUAGAAUCAAUCUAAAUAAGCCCUAAGUUUGCGUCCACCUCACAGUCUGGAAGAACACAUGCUAAAUAAUUUUUUGCCUUGUGUUCUGGAAUGUCAGGAACAUUAUCAUCCUAGGCGUGAAAAGUAUUGCUAUUCUCUCUUAGUGAGAUCCUCCAUGUCCAUGGUUGUAUAACUCAUCUGGGAUUUUUCAUAAGUUACCUGUAGAUCCAUGCCUGCAAACUCUGGUUUCCACUGUGAUUCCUGAACAGUGUUCCAGUGUGUCAGCCCUGCAGGGGUGAAAGGCGUGUGUGUGUGUGUGUGUGUGUGUGUUGUGUGUUGUGUGUGCGUGUGUGCACAUGCGGGUGAGGACAGAGAGUGAAUAUGGACAUAGGAGGUAAUCUAGGGCAUUGGCCCAUCAGCAAGGACUCCAAGUCUCCUAACUCUUUGAAAACAUGGUUUGCAUGUUCAUUGAAGUCUGUGUUAAUAGAGAACAGAUUUCAUAAAUUUCACAGGUAGAAGAAGAUAUCAUACUUCCCUCUCUCCCUCAACCCCCCUUCCUUUCUUCCUUCCUUUCUUUUAUUUUUCUUUAUGUUUCUCAAAAACACAGUUAUACCCCACUCUAGAGCCACAGGCUUAAUGCAGCAUUCACCGUAGCACUCAACAGGACAAAGUGCCGCAGUGUUCCUCGCAGAGGGUAUUGUCUGGGGCCAGGAAACAAUGCUGGAAAGCGUCCCCCCUGGGUCCCUGAGCCUUCGCAACUCCAACAGCCCUUGUCUUCACACCUCACAGAGGUGCUCCUGGGUGUCUACUAAUUGGAUUUGAAAGAGCGUUUAUAGUUCAAUAUGUUGAAGACGUACUGAUUUUUACUGCUUUAAGUGAUACAAAUAAAUUAAGGUUGCACUCAAAGGAGCACAGUGAAGUGGGAAAUUGGUUUUAUUAAUAUAAGUUUCUUUUUAAAUUUCUGGGCUGCUCACAUGACUAAUGGGCUACUCGUUAAUUAGCUAUUGAUUAGUUUGUCUCUAAAUCCAUUAGAAAAUCAGCCAGAUAUUUAGUUUCCAUUUUGUGUGUUUAUAAAAGUCAAAGGUGGACUCAUAGUCACAUUAAGAAAAAGCAAAAGGAACAUCUCAGUAUUUUCUGUUUACAGUUCAAAUGCAACACUCUUCUGUUCAGAAUGCCUGAGUUGCAUAAAAGUCAUCAAGACCCACAAUAAAAGCAUAAAUUAAUUGGAUUUGAAUGCCUGGAAGUUGGUAAACACAUUUUAUUUUUCAUAGCAGGGUCCCAACGUGCACGUGUAAUAUGACAAUUGAGAAUAAAUGACAUUAAACAAAGCCCAAACAGCAAGGCUCUGUCAGUCCUCGCGCAGAGCCAUGGCCAGGUCGUGGCUAGGAACCACACUGGGUGGAGGGGAAGCGGCUAUUGGAGCGGUAGAGUGUGGUGAGGUGGCGAGCUCCUGGGAGAGAUACUUGCCUUCAGAGACACAAGGAGCACAGCCCCGCUGUGAUGCAAGGCUGGACGUGGGCACAAGAACAGGGUGGCAACAGGAACGGGCAGGGCUCCAGAUGAGCGGAGAAGUGCGGAGUCCACGUUCAGAAGAUUCUGGGAUAGCGGUCUCUCGGGCGGAUGAGGAAAGCAGUGGCCGUUUGACGAGGAGCUAGGACUUGAUCGCAACACAGUGAGAGACCAUCCAAUAGAUCCUUUAAGCCCUGAGAGUGUGGAGCGCAGAGGCCAGGCCUUUGGAACUUUCUCUGGCUGCUGGAACUGACUGCAGAUGUCCCAACUGAGGGAUUGUGUGAAGGGCAGAACAGGGAGCCAGGGUAGGAGACACACUGGUGUGACCGGUGCAGGAAUCUGCGUAAGUUUCAGAAAACAUCUGUAGAGAUCAAAAAACCCCUUAAGCCCCAGGGCGCAGAGUGUGGCAUGAGGCUGUGGAUUUUUUUUUUAGCUGGAAAAUCUACUGAGCGUCUGUGCUGUCAGUGCUUAGCAAGCAAGGCUGAAGAGAAGAGAGAGGAACGUAAAUCAAGAAGGGGAGAGUGAAGGAGAUGGGAGAGAACGUGUGGGGUUCCACGUGGUGCACAACUUCAUACGUGAGCUCUGGUGCUCAGUUUUGUGCUGGGUAUGGUUGAAACUUCCUCCAUUGUGUCUACAAGCAUUUAUGCAAACAAGUUUCAGAACUUCUACUCUCUGGGGCACUGAGUGGAUGCUUGGUGUUGUUCUAAUUUUUCAGCAGGAUAAUGAAGUCAACAACUGUGAAGCAGGGUGACUUUCUAGUUGCUCUUUUCCUGAUGUCCACAAUGCAAACUUUUCACAAAUUAUUAUCUCCAUGUUCCAUUCUUUUUGUUCCCUUGAUUCUGGCAUACUUCUUAUAAUAUUUCACAAUAUUAUUUCAUAAUAUUAUCACUACUUAUAAUAUUUUACAUUCCUGAUUUUGUCAUUCUAUUGCGCUUCAUGGCUUAGUUUUAUUGCUCCAUAUUUGUUUCCUUAACAUCAUUUUCCAUAAGAUAAAGAUAAUAGGAUGAAUCAGAUCGAUCUAAGUUUAAAACAUAAGUAGCUCUUAUAGUUCAUCUCAGAUUAAUAAACUGCAGAAAGCAAGUGAAUAGAAGCAUCAAUUAUCAGGUUUCUUUACCAAAGAGAACUUGAAAAAAUACAAUCGAAUUUUAAUAACAAGGUAAUUAUGAUAGGCCAGCCACUCAGUUCCCCAGGGAAGUCUCGUCUUUUACUCCUGGAAAGGAUUCACAUAAACCGUAAUUCACUCUUAUUUCUUUUCCUCUUUUUAUUUUUUUCUUGUCCUCUGUGUCUUUGGCUCAAAGGCAAUGAUAACACAAGGAUUUACCUUUUAAAGGAACAGAAACAUCUGUGUUCUAUAACUGGACCUAUUUUAAUUUUUAUUGCUUUUAAGUCUCCGCCAUGCGUGUUUUAAUUUAUCAAUGAACUCAUCUGCUAUGUAGGAUUUUGCCUCGAUGUUGCACUCCUGGGCGGACAGACACAAUAUUGUAUUUCUGUGUUGAACAGGAGUCCACUGCCCAGAUAUACUGUACUAGAGUUAGCUCUUCCUCUAGGGCAGGGCUUUCCGUUGUUACACUCUUCAUCACUAAAAUAGCUCCUCAUCUACUAAAUAUUGUCUAGCAGUAAGUUCUUGGGAAUGGGAAAAAUUAGACCAAUUAAUCUUUUUUUUUUUUUUGACAGGCAGAGUUAGACAGUGAGAGAGAGAGACAGAGAGAAAGGUCUUCCUUCAGUUGGUUCACCCCUAAAUGGCUGUCACAGCACUGCGCCCAUCUGAAGCCAGAAGCCAGAUGCUUCCUCUUGGUCUCCCACGCGGGUGCAGGGCCCAAGGAUCUGGGCCAUCCUCCACUGCCUUCCAGGGCCACAGCAGUGAGCUGGACUGGAAGAGGAGCAACUGGGACAGAAUCCCACGCCCCAACUGGGACUAGCACCCAGGGUGCCGGCGCCACAGGUGGAGGAUUAGCCUAGUGAGCCGUGCCGGCUCAGACCAAUUAAUCUUAACAUAGUUCCAUUUCCUGCUCCGUGCCCACCCAAUAUGAACCAGCAUCAGUAAGAGUACCAGUUCUGAAACUGCACCUAUUUCAGUAUAAACAUUUUCACUUUCAGUAGUAAAAUGUUUUACAUGCAGUUUAAUUUCUGAAAUACCUGCAAGAUAAUUGUUUGGAGAGAAGGUAUUACUUACUUUUUAAAAUCUCCUCUGAAUGUGUGGAAAUCUCUAAGCUGCUAAUCUGUUUUGCUGGCUGGUCAGGUAACUGUCUGUCCCAGACACUGACUGGAUGCUGACCUGGUAUUAGCAGCCAUUGUUUCUAGUUCAGUUCUCUCUCUCUCUCUCUCUCUCUCUUUUUUUUUUUUUUUAAGAUUGAUUGAUUUGAAAGCCAGAACCAUAGAGAGGCAGAGAGAUAGAAAGAGACAGAAAGAGAGAGAAAGUCCAUUUACUGGUUCACUCCCCAGGUGGUCACAACAGCCAGAGCUGAGCUGAUCCAAAGCCAGGAGCUAGGAGCUUCUUCUGGGUCUCCCACUUGGGUGUGGGGGCCCAAGCACUUGGGCCAUCCUCCACUGCUUUCCCAGGCCAUAGCAGAGAGCUGGAUCGGAAGUGGAGCAGCUGGGACUCCAACCGGCAGCCAUAUGGGAUGCCGGCACUGCAGGCAAAGGCUUUACCCACUAAGCCAUAGUACCAGCUCUUUUAGUUUAGUUCUGACCAGAGAUGAGCAAUGCCAGUAAGUUUUGCUUAUCACUCCUUUCCCCAAUCUACUUCGUUUUAUAAUCUGAUAGUUUUCACAGCAUGUAAAAACCAUUUUGUUUAAAAUAGCUGCAUUAUUUCUAAAUAAUGUAGAAAAUGGGAAAAUAGUGUUCUAGGGUUAUCAGUAUAUUUCAUACAAGUGUGAGGAAACAGAAAUAUAUUUAUUUUUUAAAGAUUUAUUUAUUUAUUUACUUGAAAGAGUUACACACAGAGAAGGAGAGGCAGAGAGAGAGAGAGAGAGAGAGAGGUCUUCCAUCUGCUGGUUCACUCCCCAGAUGGCCACAACAGUUGGAGCUGCACCAAUCUGAAACCAGGAGCCAGGAGCUUCUUCAAGGUCUCCCACAUGAGUGCAGGGGCCCAAGGACUUGGGCCAUCUUUCACUGCUUUCCCAGGCCAUAGCUCAGAGCUGGAUGGGUAGUGGAGCAGCCAGGACUAGAACCUGCCCAUAUGGGAUGCCGGUGCUUCAGGUCAGGGUGUUAACCAGCUGUGCCACAGUGCUGGCCAUGCAGAAAUAUAUUUAUAUGCAUUUGAAAGAGGUAUAUGUAGAUGUGAUUUCAUGCACAAAAGUUUUUUAAAGGUACUUGUUUUAUAAAUUGAUGGUUUGGCUCAGAUUUAUAUAAAACAUUGUGAUUUUUAUCUGUUCAAAGGGAAGACAUUUUGUAUGACUCUAAACUAUAAAAUACUUGGUGUUUGAAAUAUGGAGAUAUAAUAUUGUACUUAAAAAGUUUGCUUCUAGGAUCACAAAAUCACUCAAAAUUGUGAAAUUUGGAACAGCCUACAAACAAUUAACUCCCUCGUAACACAUUGUAGCCAGGAAUCCAAUGAUGUCACAUCCCAUAAAUAAACAUACAUUGUGUCAACUACAAAUAAAAGGCAUUAUUUCCUUGAAAUACGUUAAGACCCUGGCUUUUCUGAGUACAGUUACAUUUAUUGCAGAUAAUAGGAGGAUAAAAUGACCAGUGCCUGCCAGGUAUGCUGCUGCGUGUUUCUCGUAGUAGCUCCUCUUCCAGUCCUUCGACCUGGAGGAGUGGUCUGGAUCCAGAGGCGAUUUAUGGUGAAUCUGGGGAGAGGCUAUGUUUGCUUUGAAGAAUGGAGAAGAAAAAUGCCAAAAAUAGACUUGUCGAAAGAACGGCGAAUUUGGUAAAAAAUAAAGCAUUCAGUCAUUUAGUGGAUACUUAUUGGCUCAGUGCCCUGUGCCAGGAAUAAUAUUGAGGACUAAUUUUCUGAAGACUUGUCAAUGUGAGAGGUGUUCAUGUCGUUGAAUAUUUGUUAAUUCUGGCUUGCUGUUGCCAGGCAUUCUCGAUUCAUACUGCAGUUUUCCAGCAAACGCACACUCUUUCCUGGCCUGAGGAGCUGCCCAUUUCACAGCAGCUGGACAUCCUUCAGGGCAGAGCCCCUAGUGUCUGCUCUGGGCCACCACAGGAGCUGCAAGGGAGGUGCUGGCGGGGAACCCUUGGUGAACUCGCCCUGUCGACUGCUGCAUCCAUAACACGGGAUGGAAAUGGCUACCUUCAUGGCGUUGUCUACAGAAAUUUUAUUUGGAAGUCAAUAAGCAGAUGUGAAAUAAACACUCAAUGGAUAUUAGUUUUGUGGCAUCUCUAAGUUGUCAGGCUUGUGCAAAGGCUAAAUGAUGUGUUUAACAGCUGUUGCCGCGUGACGUUUGAGUCAACCUUUGAAUAAGUAGGAAUGAAGAACCCUUUUAAAUGGGCUAUUUCAAAAACUAGAUGUGCAAGUCAAAUAUCAAAUAACAUGAAGGGAAUUUGACUUAGGAAUGACCACAUUGAAAUCUGAAAACUACUUCUUUACGUUAGGUGUUUCUUCCACUAAAAUUCCCUUUAAGAACAAUUUAUUUCAAAGGAGUUGAAAUAAAAGAGUAAUUGUCAAAUCAGAUUUUCUUUUCAAAAUAUGAAGGUUCUUCAGAAACUUCAUGAAAAUGUCGAAUCAAAAGAUGUACAUUUUGGUUGAAAAAAUUUGAAAUCCACUUUUUUCUUUUUAAAUAUGCAUCUUCCAUGGACUUUCUGAAUCCUCCACCUGUUUUUCAGGUUAUUUGCUCAUAGGUUUUGGAAUAUUGUUAUGAGAAAAAUACUGGAGGUAAAUUUUCGGUAGAAUGAAGACAAAAUAGCGAUAAAUGACUUCUUGGAAUAAAUGAGAAAUAGAUUCUUAUAAAAUAACUUGGGCUUUCAUUCCUCAUCCCCCCAUCUCCUGCAUAUACUUGUAUCCAAUGAUACAGCUCAGAGUUUGUCAGGUUGUAUCUUUUUCUCUGACUGGAAUAGGAAAGCUGUCACAGAUUCACCCACAUUUCAAAAGGUUAGAUCACAUGUUGUGGAAGAGCGCAUCUUGUUCAUUGUGAUAACAUAGAAAGUAUGACAAGUAUUCUCGAUCAAAAAGUGGAUUGCGAAACUGAUCUUCAAAUGGAUUUCUAUCUUCCAUAAUUUUUGAAACAUUAUCAAGUGACGUUCUGUCAGUUUGAUUACAUAGAUGUGUAAAAAGGGUUAAAAUAUUCUAAUUCUGGGACAGAAGAAACCAAGAAAAGAAAACAAAACCCUAGAACGUAGAUUUGCUUGCUGAUGUUGCAUAAACACAUAUCGCAGAGAAGAGAACAGGAAGUUGUCAAAGGCUGUGUUCAGCUUUAGUUUUCCAGGUAUCCGCAGCACCUCAUGGGCACAGAUCAUGAACUUCAUUAGGUGCUGAAUGCUGACAGUUUCCUUUGUAGCUCCCGUUCAGCCUCACUGUGCGUCUGGCCAAGGAUGGACCUGAACCCCUGCUGUGUGUCUGCCUCAAAGCACACGUCACAAGGCGUGCAGCUCCCUUUCCUCUCCAAGUCCCCUCUCUGCUGCCUUCCAGACGCCGAGCAGUUCCUGAACGGCAGAGGAUACCUUGCCUCAUGGAAAAAUCGACUAUUCUUCCUUUGCUCAUUGUUUCCCUUGUUGUAGAUAGAAGGAAGUAUGUUGAUUAUCAGUGGGUGCUGUGGCAAAUUCCCACAAAUACCGCAGCUUGAGAAGCACAUACAAGCACGGACAAGAGUCUGACAGCUCUGUGGGCUGGCAGUCUGACACCUGCCUCUCUGGGCUCCACACAAGGUUUCUGCAGAGUUAAUUCUUUCCAGAAACUUUUAGCACAGAAUCUGUCAUUUGGCCUUAUCCAGCACCUGCUGGCCACCCACAACCCUUUGCACCAUGCCCCCUUUCUAUAUCUUCAACGCCAGCAAGUUUGCAUCUUUCUGAAGGAUUUGUUGUAAUGAAUGGCAACUUCCUCUGGCCAUGGCCAGAAAAGGUUCUCAGAUUUUGAGGAAUCAUCUGAUAAUGUUGAGCCAAUGCAAAAAAUCCUGGCUAUCUCCCAAUCUUCAAAGCCUUAACUGUGCCAACAAUAAGAUCCUCUUGUCCGGGCAGGGCAGAGUGUUUGUGGUUCUGGGAACCAUGAUGGGGGCUUGCCUGGAGGGGGCAUCUCAUGUUCAGGCUCACAUGGGGAGGCCAUGUGCAGCCUCAGGCUUGGAACCCUCUCCAGGCUUGGCCCGCCAUUUCUCUGUGCUGCAGUUCUCAGUAUGGUCACUUUUACAUAGACAUCCCGGGUAUUUGAGCUGCCAUUCAUCAUCUCUCUUGUCACCAUCUUCCUCUUCCCUCUCAUCUCUUCUCACAGCCAUUAUCCACACAUUUGGGUAUUUACUUGUUCAGUUCUCCUCCCUCUCUUCACUAGACCUUGUGGGCUACAGCAUCUGUGGAAUGUGAGGAAUGUGUAGCACCCGCCAAGUACUAGGAGGCAAUGGAUGGGGAUCCAUGAGUGAUGUCUGGAAAGCACAUGUUGAUGAAAGGGAUUUGAAAUUUAAACAUUAAAGAACAAAUUUGUUAUUGAAGACCUAGCUAAAACUCACCCAAUACAACACUUCAGAAAUUUCCACAACAGCUACAUUCUUUUACUCUAGUGAGGAUGCUUAAGAUUGAAAAGUGCGUGCACCCACAUACACACACACACACACGAAACCAAAAAUGCGCCCAGAAAGCUGGAGCACAUCAUUAAAAUGCCACAUUGUAACUGGGCUCUUGAAAAGCAAAUAGCCAGAUGCUUCCUUUCCCAAAGCGUAUUCAGUAAAAUGAAUAAAACCCAAACGAUAUUGUGAAGAAAAGACAUAAUUCAUUGGGCAGUCACAUCUCAUUUUCUUGUAUCAUUAUAAGGGUAAUAACACUCAGACAGCUGGUCAACCACUAGCCCUGGAAGUGGCUUACUAAAUAUGCUUGCUCUAAAAAAUGAAGGCGUAAAAACAAAAACUUUGUCCUUUACCCAGGAGACAAGCCUUAGAGAUAUUGCAGAUCAUGAGUGGGACAUUCACGGGCCCUUGUCACCUCUCAUCUGAGUACAGUCAGCAAGGUGUGCCUGGAGGUGUUUCCCGUCUCAAGGUGCUUAUGGUUGGCUUAAUAAAUACUGCUGAGCAAGGCAAGGGGAUGUGCUGGUCUCCCUGUGAUUUCCAUGUAUAUUAGACACGUCAGACGGGGCAAUUGGGAGCCUCAACUGAGGAUUUAAACAGUGACUACGAGGGGGGUUAGGGAAACCCUACAGAGAUCUAGAGUAGUCCAAGGGCAUAAUCCUGGUUGUCCAACUGUUUCAGUCAUUCAUAUUUUCAUAUUUACGUGAUAAACCUGAGAAAAUUAUGUAUAUGAACUCAGUGAUUAGAGGUCAAUAAAGGCCCAUUUCAUGUUUCAUUCUACAGCUGUUGUGUAUGGUGAUUUACAUCUUUUAACUUACAAGAAAAAGAACACAACCAGUAUUUCUUUUGUGUCUGACAUUGAAUCACCUAUUCUGCACAUUCCACUUCCCUUAAUUCUUACAGUAAUCACUUCAACUCUGAACAAUAAGCCAUAAAGCAUAUGUGAAGGCCCUCAUGGUUGGAGUAGCAGGGCACCACCCUGGGGUCAGCAGGGAGGAGGUGAGGAUGAUGUUUGAAUUCCUGUGCCUUUUUGGGGUAUAGCAAAUGCCUUACUUAUACAGCAUCUCAGUGUCAAAAACACCAUGGAGAAAAACACAAAUUAACUUCCCAAGCUUAGUUGUGGGGAUGAAAAUAGCUUUUAUUGAAGUCUUAUUAUUACAUGUGAAUCAAAGAUAUGUAUAGUAAUAUAAAUUUCUAAAGACUCCUAAAUUUCUUUUUUUGGAAGAUUUAUUUAUUUAUUUGAAAAUCAGUUACAUAGAGAGAGGAGAAGCAGAGAGAGAAAGAGGUCUUCCAUCUACUGGUUUACUCCCCGAUUGGCCACAAUGGCCAGAGCUGUACCCAUCUGAAGCCAGGAGCCAGGAGCUUCUUCCAGGUCUCCCACGUGGGUGCAGGAACCUAAGAACUUAGGCCAUAUUUACAGCUUUCCAGGCCAUAGUAGAGAGCUGGAUCAGAAGUGGAGCAGCUGGGACUCGAACUGGCACCCAUAUGGGAUGCCAGAACUGUAGACGGCAGCUUUACCUGCUAGGCCAUAGCAUCAGCCCCAAGACUGAAUUUCUAAAAUAAGUCAUGGAUGUAUUUGACUCUCUUGGACUCAACUGCUUCAUUUAAACUACAAUGAUGUUGCAUAGAGAAUUGUAUGGUAUCCCUUUAAUUCAAGUUUGUAUUGAUUUUUCUGUGUGCUUUUAAAAGUUGGUGCCUUUUCUUGCAUAGCAAAUUUUUAAAAAUGACUCCCUGUGAUCAGAAGAGAAUUUUUCUCAGUGGGCUGAAUGAAGGAAUUGCUUUGGAAUCUUAGAUAGAGGUUUGUCAUAAUGAGUGUAAUAUUCAAUUUCAUUUUGUUCAGCUAAAGAGAACAUGUGUAUCUUCAAUUCACAAUGAGAAUGAAGCACACCUUAUUGAGAUGUUCUUAUCCCAGAUAAAUUAUUACCAGAAAAGUUAUAAAGAUGCUGCUUUGUGGGUAUACACACUUAAUCAAAACAUGAGCAUUUCAUGGCACCUAAAGACAAUUUUCAAUUCAAAACCAUUGAACAUUCAAUGGUCACCACUUUUCAUUCAGCUCAUUUUUUCCCAUGUUAGCUGAGACUUGGAGUAAUCAUAUUUGGUCUCCAAUGUUGCAAUUAAUCAUGAUUUGAGUACAUAAAUUUUGCCACAGGGAGCCAAGAAGGAAAAAAAAUUGUGUUCUGCUAGGUCUUGGUCCACCCGAACGAGGAUGGACUGGGUCCAAAGAAAGAUAAGUGUGCAGCUCACCCGUUCCCCAGCCUCCCGAUCCCGGAGACAGUCAGACGCAGCGGGGAGUCAAGUCAAACAAGCAAGAACUCGGUUUAUUGCACGUGUAGCAGAGCCUUUUAAAGCACAAGACCACAGGAUUACUGGAGCAGGGCAUAAGGACCAACCAAUUACUUAAAAGGUCAUUUUACAGGGUGGCUUUUUACAGGACCAGCCAUAUGUCUGUACACUCUUCAUCAGUUGUCACCUCCCCUGAUGCUGCGCGGCCAAUCAGCUUUGGUGGUAAAACGACUUUGGGUACCGCCCACCUUACUUCCUUUGGGCGCCAUCUUUGAAUUGCUGCGUGUGCCUAAUUUCCCUGCAGGCGCCAUCUUUGAACUGCCUCCUGUGCCCAAUUUCCCCACAGUGUUCUCCAUCAAAACUACAAAAAUCACCCAAAUUCUCAUCCAAACAGUGCAUCAUACUUGAGUCUUGAAUUCGUGAAAAUAUUUUAAAGUGGCCCCAACUCUAUUCCCUAAGAACUAGCGUGGGUUGAGCAACUCUGAAUUUGGUCUGCAUCGAUUCUCCUGACUCACAUGUUGAGCAUGGAUCAGCCCUCGAUGUGUUGGAAGCAAAUGAAAGGUUUGUAGAAGAACCAAAGCUGAAUGUGUCCAUCUUCCAUAGCCAUUGGGUCAUGGGGAGGAUCUAAUACGAUCACAGCUCACAUGGGAUUGAUAAGGAACAUGUGACAACAUAGUGCUAUUUCCCUUUUUAAUUGGAUUUUGUUAGGAAGGUGAAUUGCCAUGAAAUUAUGUGACUUGACUACUAAAUAUUUUCACACAUUAAUUAUGACCCCUAGUGGAUUUUUGACAUUGUGGUAUUUUUUUUUUUUUGUAAAGUUUCUGGACAUAGGAUCUUGUCAUGUGCCCUGCAUGAUGCUUUCUGCACAAAAUCUCAGAUAUACAAGAAGUAAGAACUUUACAGAGGCAGUAGAGUAAGAACUUUUCAGGGCAGUGGAGUCUCUCCUUUAGAUUCUAACUACCCGUGUGGGCCAGUGUUGGGUUCCCCCGCCUGUUCUGCCUGUUCUGAAACUCAUUGUCUUCCCAUGAUCCACUGUUCCAUGAGCUUCUCCAUGAUUUCAUAGAAGAGGAUUCACUGGCAUUCAUGGUUAUUUGACACAGGACUUAGGAAGGAAUGGGAGAUCAUGUUGUGUGAAAGAGCUGUACACCCACUUGCAAAUUCACAGAACCUGAGUGGGAGCAAGGUGGGACAAUUAUAAUAUCAGUAGGAGAAACAAGUGAUACUGUCUUCUUGUUUCUAGUCCAAGGCUCUACUUUAAUUUUAUGUGCCAUGAACUCUGGAAUUUCAGUAAAAUGCUGUUACUUAUUCUUCAAAUAGUAUUUUAAUUACAUGCAUAAACUAUAGAUAGCAAAGAAAUCAAUUCCCUUGAGGUAUACCAGCAUCCACGCACUCCUUGAUGGUCCACAAUCCCCAUAUGGAGAUGGCAAGCUAUAUGGCCAUAUGAUUAAAAUUCAUUAUGCUGAAAGUCAAAGAUGCCGGGACAUUCCAUGCAUACCUUACUGAAAGUUUCAUCUCUCACAAUAGGAAGUUUUCCCUUCUUACUGCACAGAUCCAUAUUUUACUUGACCGCAGUUGUGGCAUAUCUGUUAGACAAGUCUGACCACACAGCUCUUAAAUGUCUGUGACUCUCCAUCACCACAUAGAUGCAGGGUGGCUCCACCUAGCACCCAGUAUUACCUUGAAGGAAUGGCUUCAGCACUUUGGCCCCUGCUGCGAUUGCAUCUGUGGGAUGAACUGAGGGCUCAUGCACACGACAUCAUGCUCUGCACUUUGCAUCUGAUAACUCAAGCCUCUGUGCUUGGAAUGGAUACUCAGUCAAGCUCCCCGACUUCUAACCAUCAUUUAAGACUGAUCUUAAGGAACCUUCCUCUUUGGGGUUUCUAUGAACCAUCACCUCUUAGAGUUCCCUUUCUCUGUGCACCAUUCAACUCUGAGGGCAUAUAUUCCAUCAUUGCUUCAGUCUGUUUACCCUAUACUUCUGAGAUGAUUUGCAGGGCAGCUAGCACAUUUUAAUCAUCACUUAAUAGCCAAAGUCAAGCCAAUGACUAGAAUAUCAAUGUUUCUGGGAUAACUGAACAAAUUGGGAGAUGGAUGAAUGGGUGCCUUGGUGAGUAUAUGGGUAGAUAGAAGGAUGGAUAGGUGGGUAGAGGGGUAGAUGGAUGGAUGGGUGAGUGAAUGGAUGUAUCAGUGAAUGCUAGAUGAG